CUCGCUGCCUGGCUAAGUUGUGCUUCGCUCGGCCGGUGUGAGACAGGAUCCGGAGAGCGCGAGAAGGCGGGAUUCGGCCGGGAGUUAUUCGCUGUUACCGGGGAGCUGUGUGGGAGUCUGUCAGCGGGCCGGGACUCGGAGAGAGAGAGGGGGGAAUAAUGAGCGCUGGGAUCGCGCUGCUGUGUCGGUAGUGCUGUCCGUAGGCCCUCCAUAGCCAGCCGCAGACAUGCUCAUAGAGAAUGUGGACGCUUUCAAGACGUGGCUGGCAAAGUUACUGGACCCCAUGUGAGUACCUAGCUAGCUACCCACCCACCGGGCAGGCAGGGGAGUCAGCACGACGGCCGUAAAGUAAACCUGCACCCUGCCUGCCCCGGCCUUGUGGCAACAAGUAUUGGAGGGACAUGGCCAACUGCAAGGCCACACAUGGAAUCAAUCAGUUCAUUCUCAGACCGUGGGUCAGACAGGCACACGGCAUGUUAUGGACUCUUUAUAUAAUAUUGUAUGAUUUAUCACAUGUUCAGGGGAUGAAAAAGUGCUGCCCUGUAUGUGGGAUUCUGAUGCUGCAGCGUGGGAAUUCUCUUAUACAAGUAGCUGCUUUUCAGAUCUAAAUUGGUCUGAUUAACUUACAGCUUAAUGAUUCGAAUUAUUCCAUGUAUUGAAUAUACAUCUAGUUCAGUGGUGCUCAAACCAGUCCUCGUGGCCCACCAACCAGGAUUUAUGUAUUUUAAUUUCUUUAUUCUAGUUGAGAUACUGAAAACCUGGACUGUUGUUGGGCUUUGUGGUCUGGUUUGAGAGCCACUGUUCUGCAGUAUUUAUUAGUGAUAUUUGACCAGGGAAACACUAGACGUAGAACCACUAAAAGCAAAAGGGAAUUGAGUCCCUAAUUUGAUUUUUAGAUUCGGCACAGGGGUGGGCAACCUUUGACACAACAGAUGUGGACUACAUCUCUCAUAAUGCUCUUACAGCUGUAAUGCUGGCAAAGCACCAGUGGAGAUUUAGUCCACAAUAUCUGGAGUGCCAAAGGUUACUUACCUCUGGACUAGGGCUUAGUAAUGCCAAUGGUAUUUUAUAACUAAAAAGAACAUGUCCUAAAAUCAUUUACAUCGUAAAGACAGGGCCAUCCAGCGUAGGACUGCUGUAUGUAUGGUUGUUUGCCAACUGCAUACUGCUUUCCUAGACUUAUAAAACUUCUAUCCUCUAUAUGCUAAUGGGAAGUACACAUGAGUAGUGUGUUGGCGGAUCCCAGGGGAAUUAAUUGAUUAGUGAAAUUAUUAAUGCAGGGUCGGAAUUAUGCAUACCUAAGGACAGCGCUCAUAAUUUUCUACCCAUCAACCUGCUUAUGGUAAGGGUACAGGAAAAACAUGGCUAUCCUAGGUUUGGGUCUUGACUUUGCACAUAAAUUUGUAACAUGUAUUCUUAGUAGACAUGAGUAUUGUUGUGGCAUGUCUAAGUGAAAAGCAAAUGUUGCGUGGUGAAAGUAACAUCUGGUGAUUUUAUAGACUUCUAAGAGAGAAAUAUCAUAAGAUUAGGUAGAUGCUGAACUUUACAUAGAGCAAAGAUAAGACCCUAGCUCUAUCUAAAAUGUAGAUGGCAAAGCAUUCUUGAAGUUGUGUUUUGACAACAGCUGCAGGAGUAUGUUUUGGAUGUCCCAAACAUAGUGGUUAGUCAGUGUGCAUUUAACAGAGGCCAAUUGUUGGAGAGUCAAAUGGUUUUCUGGAAUUUUGUGAGUUAAUUGCUGUUCGUGGUUCUGAUAGGUUGAUAUUAAUGUAGAUCUGUUAAUAGUCUAUACCAGGGGUAGGCAACCUUUUAGCAGCACUGUGCCGAUAUAGGAUUGUGAUGUGCCGGUCCUAUUUUUUUAAAUUGAAGUGUGUAUUUUGCCGUAUUCUGCUUGUUAUUUUUACUGUAAUUGCUUUGUAUCGUUGUAUUUGUGCGUAUAUGAGCUAUUAUAUUGUAUAUGUUCAUUAGUAGUUUAUGGUAUCGUGUAUGAUACAUAUGAAUGUGGGCUGUGUAUGAGGGCUGCUUGUAGACUUGUGUGUGUGGAUGGAUUUGUCACAUUGUGUAUUUGGUAGUGUGUAUGUGUGGGGCUGUUUGGGGUAUUGCAUGUGAGAGGCUGUGUGUGUGUGGUUCAUAUUCUUUGUAUGAGGGGAGGGUUAUUCUGCAGCUCCAUGUAUAUCUAGCAGUGGGGACCAGGCUGCCAGGUACAGGUCAAGGACAGGAGCUGCAAUAGCUGUCGAGGGCUACUCUACUACAGUGUAGAUUCCCAUUCACAAGUGCUGGGAGGAAGUGAUCUGAGAUCACUUCCUCUAUGUGCUACAAUGCAUAAAUUGAGGAUUGUCCUUCACCACCUCUUCGUAUUAGCAGAUAUCUGAAGUUUUACUGGGACUCCUGAUAGGCCAGAGUGUGUUUGGCUCUAGCAGCCUUGAGUGCCGUGCAUGGUACUAGUGCCGUAGGUUGCCUACUCCUGGUCUAUACAUUAAGAAACUAUCACUGAGCCACUGUUGUGGGUGUUUUUUGUUAUACAAGUGACAUCCUGGGAAGUGGAGUGUAUUGUAUAGGUCAGAGUACAAACUUUCCACUUGUCCACUAGCCAUUGGCGAGUUAACAUUAAGCCCGACCAAGUGCUUCUGUGCAGGAAAUUACCAGAGAGACUGUUUUCAAACACUAUCCGACCAAAGGUGCAUGUAUAUGGCUGUUGUAUGCUAGAGGUAGGUGUGAGUUUUUUUCUUUUAUUCAAACUUUAAUUUUUUUUAUUUUUUUUUAUCUAUUUCCUCUCACAGGAUUAAAGGCUUAUUGUAUUAGAGAAAAAGUUUGAGGUUACAGUUGUCCUUUAAAAUUUUAAAUCGGUUACCAACUUGUGUGGGUUUUGUGUUUGUACUGUAAUGUUAUGCCUUCAAUCAGUGGAAAGUAUUCAGGUUUAUAUUAAUGCAUUGGAGAAAAUAUACCAUAACUGACUGUGGGGCAAGCAUCUAAUGUUAGAGCAUUCACCACAGAGACAAGUUGAAUGUCCCUUCUGAAUUCCAUGAUGAAUACCCAUCCUCCUCUAAAAUUGCAUUAUUCCUUUUGUAUUGAGAUAGAUAUAUAUAUAUAUAUAUAAUUUUUUUAUUUUUUUUUACAAAUCUCCUCCAUAGUAUGAAAAUGUGUCAUAUCACCAGUGAGUUUCAUGCUGCAUACUGUGUGUACGCUAGCAGAUUACAAAAAGGUAAUCUGCAUAAAUAGAAUAUUCAUAUAAUCUUUGAAACACUGAAUAAAACUACGAAUACUAAGUUGUUUGUUUUUGUUCUAAUACAAUUAUUUAGUGCCUUAUAUCUGCCCACCAGAUAUUGUAUGAUAAUUAGGUCCACAUUUUAAACCAGGUUUCAGUAAAGAAGUAAACGAAUUAAGGUAUUCUAUGAUAAUCAGGUCCACAUUUUUAAACAAAGAUUGAAUUAAGAUGUAGACAAAUUCAAUCUAAAAUAUUCAAAGAGAAAACAAUGGCCCACUCUGGCAUUUAGAAAAUUUGUGAAAUGAACUGCAAGCUGUGUUGAUUGUUUUAUAGAAAAAGCAGUAAAAAAAAAAAGCCUUUUCAUGGCCAUGUGAAGUUAAAAUUAACAAACCAAACUCUUAUUUAAGAGUUGCCUUUUUAGUGUGUGUGUGUGUGUGUUUCUGUUCGUAAAAUGUGGUCAGUCUAUAACUUAUGUUAAAGGACUACUAUAGGCACCCAGACCACUUCAGCUCAAUGAAGUGGUCUGGGUGCCAGGUCCAUCUAGGAUUAUCCUGCCUGCUGUAAACAUAGCAGCAGUUUCAGAUAAACUGCUAUGUUUACAUAUGGGUUAAUCCAGCCUCUAAUGGCUGUCUCAUUGACGGCCGCUUGAGGCGCCUCCGUGCUUCUCACUGUGAUUUUCACAGUGAGAAGAUGCCAGCAUCUAUAGGAAAGCAUUGAGCCACGCAAGCGCAUUCAGCCGAUGACGGUCAAAGGAGGAGGAGAGUCCCUAAUGCUGAGGGAGCCUGGCGCUGGAGAAAGGUAAGUGUUUAACCCCCUUCCUCUCCAUUCAGCCCGGCGGGAGUGGGACCCUGAAGGUGGGGGCACCCUCAGGGCACACUAGUGCCAGGAAAACAAGCUUUUCCUGGCACUACAGUGGUCCUGUAACCUGUUUCUGUCAUAUGUUUUAUUUGAACUGUUUCUUCAAGGAGCGCUCAGAUUCUCAUAACCACUACAGCACUUUGUAGUGGUUAUGGUGCCAUUGACUACUUAAAAUAGGGGCAGGGGUCUCCUGAUACCAUAACCACUACAGUGUGCUGCAAAAGCUGUGUGCUGUUCCUGCCCUUCAUUUAAUAGAUGAGAGCAUCAAUAUUAAAAGUAGCCAGUCCAGAACUUUUGUUCUGGACUGGCUAGUUACCCUCCCCCCAGCCCCUCGAUGACAUGGUCGGAGGUGGAGUUAUAUGUCCGGUAGCAAAUUAGUUAAGCUCUGUAUGUACAGUUAUUCAUAGUGAAACACUGUACGUACAAACUCCAGCCACCAUGACUACUUUGUAUCACUGAAGUAAUCAUGGUGCCUGGAGUUACUCUUUAAUACUUAAAAAGUAUAAUGCUCAACUUCAAACAGAAUUCGUUAAUGCUUCAGUGGGUCAAAGGGUCUCUAGUAAAUUUAUAGUGAGCUGCAGCUUGGACCUCUUUUGAAUCUGAUGUGCAUGGUUUAACAAAUGGAAAUCUAUUGAAAUAACACGUGGAUUCAAUUUAGGAUCAUGUCCCAGAGUGUUGUAUUGAAUAUAGUUUCCAGCAUUUCCUUGCACAGUCAAAUUGCUAGUAAAUAACUAUAUUUAAUACCCUUUUAUGCUGUAUAUCAUGAAAAUAUGAAUCUGCUUCCAUCCCUUUCUUAUCAGAAUUUAAAAAAAUGAGGGAUUCCUUACAGCAUAUGGGCUAGGAGUGUUACAUCUGCAGAGAGGUCAAAGGGACACUAUAGGUACCCAAACCACUUAAUCUCAUUGCACUGCCCCUGUCCACUUAAAGGGACACUAUAGUCACCGGAACAACUACAGCUUAUUGAAUUUAUUCUGGUGAGUAGAAUCAUUACCUUCAGGCUUUUUGCUGUAAACACUGUCUUUUCACAGAAAAUGCAGUGUUUACAUUACAGCCUAGUGAUAACUUCACUGGUCACUCCUCAGAUGGCUGUUAGAGAUCCUUCCUGGGUCAUGCCUAAAAUGCAUCCAAACAUUCAAUAUCUCCUCCCUCUAUGAGGAAAGUUCAGACACUGAACACUGAGAUUCAUUGAUUCAGUUCAUCUCUAUGAGGAGAUGCUGAUUGGCCAGGGCUGUGUUGUCAGUUUCAGCCUCCUUGUCAGUCUCAGCCAAUCCUAUGGGAAAGCAUUGUGAUUGGAUCAGGCUACCACUUCUGAUGAUGUCAGCAGACUGCUUGUUUUUCUGAGGCAAACAACAUGCAGAUCUACAGCUUCAGGCAUGAAUACAGUAAGAUUUUGCUAUAUUUUUGGAGGCAUGAGGGGGACCAGGGGGGCUAGAUGGUGGUUUUAACACUAUAGGGUCAGGAAUACAUGUUUGUGUUCCUGACCCUAUAGUGAUCCUUUAAUCUUGCAAUGUAAACAUUGCAGUUUUAGAGUAACUGCAAUGUUUCCAUUGCAGGUUUAACACUUCCUCUAGUGGCUUUCUCACAGACAGCCAUUAGAGAUGCUUCCUGCUGAUUCACAGAUUUAUGAGUUUUUGUGCAAGGACAGCCAGCAUCUUGCAAGACCUGACAAAGCAUUGAUUCAAUGCUUUCCGGUGGCCAGAUAAGCGUGGCGCAUUUGCGUUAGGAUUCCCUUUGUGAAGAUGUUGGCAUAGCCUGCACUGGAAUUAAAGAAUUUUUAACUUGUUCAUUGUAGGUGUGGGGGGGAUCAGUCAGAGGGACACUACAUUGUUAGAAAUACAAAGCAAUAUUCCUAACACUAUAGUGUUCCUUUAAAUUCAAUUUGUAUAGAGUUUCGUCGUGCAACACUACAGACUCUAGGCAUAAAACCACUUCAGAUCACUGAAGAAGUCUUGCUGCUUGGUGUAACCCUAUAAAGGGACACUAUAGUUACCAGAACAACUACCACUUAUUGUAUUUGUUCUGGUGAGUAUAAUCAUUCCCUGCAGGCUUUUUGCAGUAAACUGUCUUUUCAGAGAAAAUGCAGUGUUUACAUUAGCCUCGAGAUACCGUCACUGGGCACUCGUCAUAUGAUUGCUAGAGGUGCUUCCUGGGACAGUGCCUCCACCCUCUGCAUGGCGACACUGAACUUUCCUCAUAGAUAUGCAUCUCUAUGAGGAGAGGCUGAUUGGCCAGGGCUGAUUUUUGACUUGUGCUGGCUCUGCCCCUAAUCUGCUUCAUUGAUAGUCUCCUAUGGGAUAGCAUUGUGAUUGGCUGAGAGAAUCAUUUCCAAGCAGGCUGGUCAGUGGCAGAGUCAGCAGCUGCAUACUUGAAUAUAAGUAACAUUUUAACAUUAUUUAGGGGGGCUAUAUGUUCGUUUUAACACUCCAGGGCCAGCAAUAUGUUUGUGUUCCUUUAAGAAAAAUUUAUCGUUGGAGUGAAACUUUCAGCUUGCUGUAAGAACCUCAAUAAUCUCAAGUGUUUUUAUCUUGAUGUUGCUGGAUAUUUUUUAUUUUUGGAUUCUAUACUGACCGCCUACAGAGCUAGUUUAUUUCUGGACCAUCAAGGAGUGAGUGGCUCUUUUUGCAUACAUUUUGACUAACUUAAAUUCACUUUGAAUAAUCUGAAUUUAAAGCUAAAUCGGUUGAACUGGAAGCAUAGCUGAUUUGGAUAAUGUUUCCAGUUUGGUUAUUUGCACCUUGAAUUUGAAAUUCUCUUUGAAUUCUCACUUUAGUGAAUAACCCUGUUAUUGGUCUUUGAGUGACAAGGAGUAAUUUUACUCUCCCGGUCACUCUAUACUUUGGGAUAGUGAAAAAGGGGCAUAAGUUAUAAAUGACAAGUAACUUUUAAUGCUCCCUUGUUACUUUCUAUAGCUCCUGGCAGUUCAAGUUACCUAGAGCAGUGUCAUUUUGUACUUGCGUGCAAGAGUACAAAGCAGUUUUGCAGACAGGACAAAUUUCUCACACAUGCCCAGUGAUACUAUAGGCAUCUCACUACACCUUGCUCGAGAAGAUGCCACCAUGUUUCUUAAGAUUAAUGGAAAAUAGUAAAGCACAGCCAAAUGAAAACUCAACCUCCACAUUUCACCAUAGUUGGACGUGUACAGAAAGCCCUCAUGCCCUUUUUUUUUUUUUUUCUCUUGUGUGUAUCUUUUGUUACAUUUCAUUUGCUGUUUUGCUGGCAGGAGCUAUGUUCUAUUUAUAUAUGAAGCUAAAGAUGGUCUUGUAAUCCACACCUUUUGUGCAUGACUAGUUCACGCUAAAGGAGGAUGGGAUGUUUGUACUUGGUAUAUGCACGUUUAGUGCAUAGGGCAAAGCGAAUAGAAAUUCAUUCCUUGUGAGCGUGCCCUGGACCCUUCCUGGUUUCAGUGGUGAGUAACUUUUUACGGCCUGGCUAGUAGCAUAGGACUUGAAAUGUUAAAUUGGCUGUGUCACCAUUUGGGGUCUACAUAUUUUGCAAUGACCCCUGAUCGUAACUGCUCUACUUGCAGUGCAGUGGCUGCUGGGAAAUGUGAGUUUUAUUCACCUGACUCUUUUUCCUUCAUGGAUAUUGCCAUCUUCACCUGGUCGGUCCUCUUCAGCUCCUGGCACUUCUCCCAGGAGCCCAUGUCAAUGUUGUAAUCUAGCUCAUGCAAGAAGUCUAUCUAGGAUCACUUUGUCAGGCAUAGAUAAUAUACCUAGUAGUCGCUAAAACACAUUGGCAGCUUCCAUGGUCCGGCAUGAAAUUAUUAUAUGGACUUAAUUAAAGAAUUAUUAUAAUGGGGGGUGGGUUGGGGGGGAAGUGAUAUUAUUUUUACAUAGUUCAGGCUUUAUGUGAAUGUUGUAAAAGCUGUGAGUGUUAUAUCCUCAUAAUGCUGUGUCACAACAUUAAAGAGGCUCUAUCACUGUAUAAUGUGCAAUGACCCCUGACUUUCACAUCGCCAAUCUGGGGGCAGGGAAAGUAAAGUUUUAUUUACCUUAAACUGCCCCUCACAAGCGUUGCCUUCCUUUUCAAACCACUCUAAUUCACCUCCAGUUGCCAGGGGCCAAUGUCAGAGCUGUUACUCAUGCAGGACCACGUUAUAUUCUCUAUAAAAAUAAUUUAAUUUCUCUACAGCCAUCACUGGUGACAGCUCAGGGAAAUAAGCUUGAUGGCUCUAGCUCCUCCUUUUUGUCAAGCGUAGUGUUAAGAGUGCCUGUCAAACUGUCUGAGUGUGCUGGCCAGCAAUACAUAGAGACCCCCACAGCACAUAGAUAAAAUACUAAGACAAUGUAGUCCCUACUUAAAGGGACACUCCAGGCACCCAGACCACUUCUGCCCAUUGUAGUGGUCUGGGUGCCAACUCCCACUACCCUUAACCCUGCAACUGUAAUUAUUGCAGUUUUUUAUAAUCCGUCUCGCCCACCGGCCAACGUAAUGCAGAGGAGGAGCGACGGCGGAGGAAGAAGCACUGACGUGGGACAUCGUCGCUUCCUCUGGUAAGUGACUAAAGGGAUUUUCACCCCUUCAGCAACCGGGAAUUGGGAGGGAGAGGGGACCUGCAGUGCCAGGAUUGUUUUCCUGGCACUGGAGUUUUCUUUUAAUAUAUCUUUUGACUAGAUUGGAAUUUCAAUAAAAAUCCAACGCUGUCAAUAUGAACAUGUCCUAAAGAUUAGAGCUUUAUGAAAUACUAGUUUUGGAAGGAUUUGACAGUGCCACUUUAAACACACUUAUUUACUAAACUAGAGAAUUGUGACGUUUCAUAAAUAUAAAAUCUUAGUGAAAUACUCAUUGAUAUUGACUACCUUGAAAUUUCAUCUCAAUACAAUCAAGAUAUAAGACAAAGUUGGAAACAUGGGCGGGAAAAAGAGCCUUCCCUGUCAAGCUUUUGUAAUUUCUCACAGCCAUCACUAGCUGUGCAAAACAAACCUUUUCACACAUCAAGAGUUGGUUGGUGUUUUGGCCUAACAUUUCUAGUUUCCUCCACCUUGACUUAUUUUGCCAAUGCCCAUCACAAGGUGUUUGCUUCAUAAACACUUUUUUGUUUUCCCCCCUGCUUUAUUGCACUGUCAGCCAUUUUUGCCAGUGAACAUUUCUCAACUGACUGAUUUUAGCAAUUACAUGCUAGACUUAUGUUUAAUGAAUUGACAGAGGGUUUCUGCAUGGGGAAAUUAUAUUAUACUAUAAAACAUUUUGUCAUCUGCCAAAACACCAAAUUUAAAAUUUAGUCAAGUGAUACUUCCUGUUGCAGGCUGUGGUUUAUAAUGUGUUCAUUAGGAGUUCAUAGAAUAAACUCUAUUUUGCAACAUUUGCAGAUGUGCAUUUCAAUCAUGAGCAACUUAAAGGAACACUUUAAGAUCAGGAACGCAAACAUGUAUACCUGACCCUAUAGUGUUAAAACCACUAUCCAGCCACUCCUUUACCUUCCCUAAAUAUAGUAAAAUCUUACUUGUAUUAAAGUAUGCAGUAGAUGCCUCUGCCCCUGAAAUACAUGCUUAGCUGACAUUAUCAGACAUGAUUCUGUGAGCCAAUCACAAUGCUUUCCCAUAAGAUUGGCCAAGACUGUCAAGGAGGCAGAUCAGGGGCAGAGCCAGCACAAGUCAAACACAGCCCUAGCCAAUCAGCAUCUCUUCAUAGAGAUGCAUUGAAUCAAUGCAUCUCUGUGAGGAAGGUUCAGUGAAUGGCAGUGCUGCAGCUGCACACUGUGCAGCACCACCCCAGGAAGCACCUCUAGCAGCCAUCUGAGGAGUGGCCAGCGGAGUUAUCACUAGGCCAGGCCUGUCUAACCUGCGGCCCCCCAGAUGUUGCUGAACUACAACUCCCAUGAUUCUUUCAAUUAAACAGCCAGGGAAUCAUGGGAGUUGUAGUUCAGCAACAUCUGGGGGGGACGCAGGUUGGACAGCCCUGCACUAGGCUAUAAUGUACAAUUUUCUCUGAAAAGACUGUUUGCUGCAAAAAGCCUGACGGGACUGAUUCUACAAAUACAAUAAGCUGUAGUUAUUCAGGGAACUCUAGUGUCCCUUUAAAGAUAAGUCCCCGAACUGUCAUAGAACUAUUCCCAUGAUGCUUUGCUAGCGCGCAUAUAUAUAUAUAUAUAUAUAUAUAUAUAUAUAUAUAUAUAUAUAUAUAUAUAUAUAUAUAUAUAUAUAUAUAUAUAUAUUUUAAUAAUAAUAAUUUAGACCAAAAUACACUUUGUUGCUUAGACCUCAGCUCCCAUUUCACCUAGGAAAAAGUCAGUGUGAUUUUAAUGUAUGCAUAUAAUUAUGCAACAUCAAUGAGUUUUGUAAAGUUAUAAUCCUGAAUGUGAAGGUUUUCAGUAUUUGGCACAUCACAAAUAUAUUAGCUGCUAAAUCACACUUCUUAUUAAAAUUUUAUUAUUUAUAUAGCGUCAUCAGAUUCCGUAGCGCUUAUGAGAUAUAGUAAAUUUUCCUGACUGUCAAUCUGUUGCACAAUGCAAACUGAUGUUUGCAUUAAAGGGGCAUUUACGCUAAGCCUGUAUAUCUUAAAGUGGCUCUGUCACAUUGACAAAUAUUUUCAUUGGUUGGUUCUCUUGAAUCUUUAUGAAUCUUCUUGUCUCUGUUGGAAUUGUGUUAAAGCCCAUGGUUGUCAAAAGGGAGAGCUUCCGCUGUUAACAUCUGUCAGUUUCCCUAGCUGUAGUGGAUGCGGAAAUACGGCCGGUUCUCACAGGUUACACUGACUUAGUCUGUGGAGUACUGUGGUCUUGCAGGACCCCCUAUAGACAUCAGUAUUGUACUCUCACACAUGCAUAAGAGUACCGCACGUAUGUGGCUCCUAGCAUAUGAAGCUCCAGGAGCUAUAAAGAUAAAAUGAUUGUGCCUGCGGUAGAGGGAAGAAAACAGCUUUGAGUCAGUGUGACUACCCGUCACUGCACCACUGGGCCUCACCUCAAACUCAUAUCACUUGCUGGGCUGUCUUUGCAAAACGUGUAAAGGUGACAGAUCCAGUUUAAUUUAGUAGUUAAAUGUAAAUAUUGCCGAUUGUGGGGUAUAGCAGCAUGCACAUUUAGUCUUUCAGAAUACUUCUAGUGGAUUGGAUUCCAUGUUUCUGUUUUAGAAGCAUCUGAUUAGUGGAGUGUGGCGAUUGCUGCGCAUGCAAGGUAGGGCUCCAAUGCUUCUCUAUGAGAAGCUUUAGGUUGCCCCAAGAUCAACCUGCAGGAUAAUCUUUCUUACUUGCAGCAAUUUGGAAUAAAAUCUCUGGAGUUCUUAAUCUUGUGGCGCAAUCUAAGGAAUUAAGUACCCCACUUCAUGUUAUUAUAAGGCCAGUUCUUUCAUAACGGUUUUAACACCUUAAAGGGAUUGGUCACUCCCCAGAAUUUUUUGUUUGUUUAUUUAUCCCCUUUGUUUACUAUAUAUGUUUUUUUGUGAGGUGUGACAAACCAAAAGAAGGCAAGAAAUCCACACCCCUUUAUUUUGCAACUUUGCUUCUUCAUCUUGGCUCCCGGUCACUGUUAUAAUCUGUCCUUUCCACCUGUCAGCAUACAGAGAAGAGGUUAAAUUAAACCAUCAAGCUAUUUCUCCUCCUCAUUUGCAGUGAAUUUUCUGUGCCUGGGUUGAGAUAGAUUGUCAUAACAUUUUGGUAAAUCACUACGAUAAAUUUGAAAAUAAAAUGGAACUUUACAUGAAAAAAGGUUAUAUGUUACAGGUGAUAUUCACUGUUUGAUUUAAUUCUGUGGCUCAAUAAAGUGACGGUUCGAAGUAGUGAUGUCAGAGUAUGCAACAUAUAGAAUCUUAUACUGGGGUGUAAAUGUACUUACUCUAGUUUAGAAACUAGAAGUCCGCAUUUGAACAUAUAUUUGUGCUGAACAAUCCCAAAGUCUUGAUAUUCUGUCGUUGUUAUACAUAAAGUCUUUCCUAUUUUAAAAUUGAAACUAAUAUGCUUGUUUCCUUUUACAACAGAUGCGAUGCAGACCCCUCGGCACUAGCAAAUUACGUUAUAGCUCUGGUAAAGAAAGACAAAUCUGAAAAAGAGCUAAAGGCUAUAUGUGCUGACCAGCUGGAUGUGUUUCUACAGAAAGGUACCAGAGGAGUAACUUGCCAAAAUAAUCUUGUGCAAAGCAUGUACUCGUGUGUUAAAGAGGCAGUCCAGUCACCACAUCACUGUCUAGAACUGGUUAGGAUGCCAAGAGUCCCUUGGCAACCUAUCCUGGCAAGUAGUCAGACCAUUUUCAAAAGGUUUGACACUUACUUUGGUCCACUGGAUACUUCCAUUCUGGCUUCCUUUUACAAUAUCACCAAUGUGAAGUUUCCUACAUCCACAUUAGUGCAAUCCGUUCUGCUGAUUUUUUUUGAUCAAAUUCUGUCCAAAUAUGGGAUGAAUUGGUAUAUCUGUUGCAGAAGGGACACUUCUGGAUUAGAGAUUUAUCACUACAUCAGAAGUGGAGGUCGGACCAGAGGUGCUGGGGGCCUGGUUGAAUAUCAGUCUUUUUUAAAAUGGUUCUCAGUUUGUCUACUAGAUAGAUUAUUUUUUUUUGGUGGGGGAGUUGUUCUGUUUUUUUGUUCCUGUGCAGAUAAGCCUGGGUGCUUUUCACAGUUACAAUGAGCAUGUCUUACCAUGUCCACGUUAACAAAGAACCGUUUCAGGAAGUAUAUAAUUCACCACAGUUCUAAAUUUAUAUAUUGAUGUACAGUGGAACCUCAGAAUUUGAACUUAAUCUGUUCCAGAAGGCUGUUUGAGAACAGAGUUGUUCGAAAACUAAAUCUAAUUUUCCAUAAGAAUUAAUGUAAAUUAGAUUAAUCCAUUCUAGACUCCCAAAAGUACGGCAUUUUAACUCACAUUUUACAGUUUAAUACCUUAAAUGCAUAAAAUCAAACAGAAAACCUAUAAACACAAUGUAAAUGAAGUGAAAAUGUAACUUCACUUUACCUGUCAGCUCUGUUCGCUUUGUCUAGUGUUAGGAGGCUGAUGCUUCAUACCAACGAGGUUCCAAAGUGGUACCAUGGAGGUUAAUGCUGUUUGACACUUUUUUUUUUUUUUUUCUCAAAUAUUUUGUUUGAUUACAGAAUUAUUAUUAUUUUUUUUUUUUUUUUUGAGUACGAGAGCGUUUCAGAACAGAGAUUCCACCCUACUUGGGAAGCUGUUGUAGCACAUUCUAGGACGCUAAAAAAACUGGCCUCCUAUUCACACUGUAUUUUUCUCCACCUUCAAUCUUUUAAAGUUUGUGCCACAUAACCAUUGCCAAAACACUCUCUGUUCACAACUUUCUUAUUCAGUGAACUCAGAGUACAUAGUUGAAUUGCUGGAAUGAUUACAGAUAAUAAGAGGGCAGUGAUUGGGAUGGAGUCAGGUCAGUUUAUAGUGAUCUCUGGGCUAUAUUGUGUAUCUUGACCAGACUACUUUAUGUCUAUAUCAGCAGAAGCUUUGGGUGUUGAGAAAAGGCUGAAGUUUUAAGACUCAUUUAACCAUUGUAAUUGGCCUUUAUGUAGUGCCAACAUAUCCUGCAAUGCUUUACAAUUCUAGAAAGGGAAUAUUUAGAGGUGAAGUAGGUCCUGCUCAAAUGAGCUUACAUACUAUGAGGAUAUAUUUCAGGUAGGCAAAUAUGUAUAGUUGGGUAUCUUAACACAAAGAUAAAGCACCGUGCUUACAGCAGCAGUGGCUUAGUAUCCAACAGCUUAAAAUACAUAGUAAAAACAAAGAAAACGUUACCUGCGCUCUGGCCUAAAUCCCCAUGUGCGUUUAAACAGAAAUGGAGGCUCUUUGGUUUUAUUCUAAUGGCCAUUUGAAUAUGUAAGCUCACCUGCCACGUCAAGGCAAGCCUCAGUAGGUGAGUUCCUACACUGGCCAUUAGAUAUGCCGAUAUCAGCCAUGAGUCUCCAAUGAGACAGGAAGGGGUAUUUUAUAAACCCUUUAACAUUUAACCCUUUAUAGGGCUUCUGCACAUACAAUAAACUUUGCUGAUAUCAGACAAAGUGAGACAGAAAGGGGUGUUUUAUAAACCCUUUAACAUUUAAAACAAAAAGGAGGACCACAAGAGUCCUAAAUAGGAGAGUAAUGUAAAAAGGGGAAUAGGGGUCCCUACCUUUUAAUAAUUCUAAAGAUACACAGGACAGGUGGGAAGAGGUACAGCAAAAGAGAGUCCUCCAGACUAGACACAGGGAACCAGUUACUAAAAAACUGCCUGUUAAAUGUCUAGGAUCCUAAGUUGCACGCCCUCUAAAUCUUCCCAAAACAGGCACCCUAAUUGAAAAAAGGGGUAACUGAAGAAAUAGGGGAAGGGAGCAAUGAAAAGGGAGAUGCCCCAAGGAGUAAAUCUUAUGCAAAAAGCCCCUAUAGAAGUCCACUUUCCCUAGUUACCUCGGCCCUGUGAUAAAUCACCAGUGCCUACCAAAAAGACUCAGUCCCUGCCUGUCAAAGUUAAGUAAUAACUGAUAAGGUAAAUUAAAUUAAAUCAAUCCAUCAGUGCUACCAAAAAAGUGCAAAACAAAGAAAAUAAAAUAAAAAGAAGCUCGACGCGCGUUUCAGCGUUUCAACACGCCGUCGUCAGGAGCAGUGCUGAAACGCGCGUCGAGCUUCUUUUUAUUUUAUUUUCUUUGUUUUGCACUUUUUUGGUAGCACUGAUGGAUUGAUUUAAUUUACCUUAUCAGUUAUUACUUAACUUUGACAGGCAUGGACUGAGUCUUUUUGGUAGGCACUGGUGAUUUAUCACAGGGCCGAGGUAACUAGGGAAAGUGGACUUCUAUAGGGGCUUUUUGCAUAAGAUUUACUCCUUGGGGCAUCUCCCUUUUCAUUGCUCCCUUCCCCUAUUUCUUCAGUUACCCCUUUUUUUCAAUUAGGGUCACUGUUUUGGGAAGAUUUAGAGGGCGUGCUACUUAGGAUCCUAGACAUUUAACAGGCAGUUUUUUAGUAACUGGUUCCCUAUGUCUAGUCUGGACGACUCUCGUUUGCUGUACCUCUUCCCACCUGUCCUGUUGUGUGUAUCUUUAGAAUUAUUAAAAGGUAGGGACCCCUUUUUACAUUACUCUCCUAUUUAGGACUCUUGUGGUCCUCCUUUUUGUUUUAAGUCUUCUUAUUGAGGGUUAUUCCCUUUCCUGGGAGAGUAAUUUCAGGACUUUAUAGCACUUAUUCAUCGGUCGUAGUCACGACCCCUGAAUCAGAGCUACUACUCCUUAAUCCUUUAACAUUUAACCCUUUAUAGGGCUUCUACACAUUCAAUAAACUUUGCUGGUAUCAGACAAAGUAUAGACGUCUCUAAUGAGACAUGAAAGGGUGUUUUAUAAACCCCUACAUACUUUACCCUAAAUAGGGCUAUAAUGUACAAAUCACCUUGCUGGUAUCAUGGCAGGUGAGCUUACAUAUUCAAAUGGCCAUUAGAAUAAAACCAAAGAGCCUCCAUUUCUGUUUAAACGCACAUGGGGAUUUAGGCCAGAGCGCAGGUAACGUUUUCUUAGUUGGGUAUCUUGCUCAAUAACAUACUAUCCUUUUAAUGUUACUGAUAAAUAUUGACCUAACAACAAUCUUUGAAAUCGUUCUGUAAAUAGGCAGUAGCUCAAUGUGCAAUGUUUCAUGGUUACUUUAACGUUCCAGGUAGACAUGUAUACACGUUAUGGGUAAAUAUUGAGCCAGAAGAUCCACUUAAUCAUAAAGAGAGACCUCCUCUCCCUUUUUCCAUCUCCUUUAAAGGACCACUAUAGUGCCCGGAAAACAAACUCCUUUUCCUGGCUCUAUAGGGUCUUUAGGUGUUCCCCACCCUCAGGGUCUCCCUCCCGCCGGGCUGAAGGGGGAGGAAGGGGUUAAAGGCUUACCAAGGCUUACCUUUCUCCAUCGUCUGGCUCCCUCGGUGCUGGGGACUCUCCUCCCUCUUCUGAUGUCACUGGCUGCAUGCGCGGCCAGAGCCGUGCGCACAUUCAGUCAGUCCAUAGGAAAGCAUUUUCAAUGCUUUCCUAUGGACGCUGGCGUCUUCUCACUGUGCAAAUCACAGUGAGAAGCGCCUAUAACGGCCCUCAAUGAGACAGCCAUAGAGGCUGGAAUAACCCAUAUGUAAACAUAGCAGUCUCUCUGAAACUGCUAUGUGUACAGCAGGCAUGGUUAACCUUAGAUGGACAUGGCACCCAGACCACUUCAUUAAGCUGAAGUGGUCUGGGUGCCUAUAGUGGUCCUUUAAAUAAAAAAAUAAAAAAAUUGAAAUCCUCCUUUAAUGAGACUCAAAAAACAAAGUCCUCACAGUAUUUUGGGAUGUUCGGCUCUUCAUUGUAAGAACCUGUGUUUUUGGCUGCAGGCCACAGUACCAAACAGGAAGUAAAAUUCAGGUCUGUGUGCUAUUUAAUUGAGACAAGUCAAUAUCCACUUCAAACGGUUUCUCCAGCCUGCUGUAGUGGUUAGCAUGGUAGAAGCACCAUGGAACCAUUCCAUGCAAAUGGGGCAAACUAUUUUACAAAUUUUUUUUUCCUGUUGCCCGGUCUCCGCUGAAACAGGACAUUCGAAAUCCAACUUUUACAGAGCUACAGAAGCCAGAUCCUGCCACUCAUUCUUUGAUUGGGAGAGGUCUGUCAUAAAAAUUUGCACAGAAUUGACAUUAGCCAGCCUGGAACUCUGGUUCAGCUAGUAGUAAAUAUAUGCAUUGAUGUUGUUUACCACAUAUUUUAUGCAACAACAGAUACAAACUCCAUUUUGUUUUCUUUAAUCCUUCAGAAACUAAUGGUUUUGUGGAUAAGCUGUUUGAAUGCUUGCACACUAAGGACUACCUUCCUCAGGAGGAAAUAUUAAAACCUGAAGUGAAACCGGAACGAGAAGAGGUCAAGGACGAGGUGGCCGAGAAACGCCACAUGGCUGUAUCAGCUUCUCUUCCGGUGAGACUAUUCUUUAAAAUGGUUUUGCUUGGUUUGUAGAGGUCAGGGCAUAUCCGGAGACGGAUAUCCCCUAACAUAUUUGUUCUUGAGCCUCUUUUUUUUUUUUUUUUUUUAACCCUCCUUUUUAGUAUAGUCAUUAUGUUUUUCCAACAACUAAUGUUGACAGAUCUUCACUUCCGGUUUGAUAUAAUACAAUUGUGUGACCGAUAUUGGAAUGUAAUCUCCUAGAGUGCGGUAUGAUAAAUCUCAGAUGAUAUGCCUCUUUAUUCACAGUCAGAUGUAUUAAUCUUUUUAAGUAUUUUAUACAGCACACUGUGGAUAUACUUCCCAAAACAGACAAGUAUUUGUCUGCAUGUUCUUCUUGUGGAUCUUUUUUAGGAUUUUCAUCCCUAGUCUGCUUAUAUAAAAUUCUUAAGUAGAAGAAAAAGCUAGCUCUGAGAUGGAGAUGAACCUCUAGAAGUUUUAUGUUUUUCCCUAGAUCCUUUUGUUUGUGAAGGUAAUGGUGUAUACCAUUCUUUGAUAAAUAACCUGUGCUAAUCAACAUUUUUUUUUCAGGAAACCUUUGAAGAAGAACGUGAUGUUAGGAAAAAGAAGCACUUAAGUCCCCAAAGAAAUCGCUCUGAUUCAAAUGAGCGAAGGUAUGCUCUUUUGUACACAUUGGCUGACCUGUUGUUUGUUAUUGACUUUAAUGAUUAUUUUUUAGCCUUGCCUCAAGGAGAACUAGACUCCUCUUGUGGAUUUUUCACUGUCUUUAUAUUAACAAGUGCAGAGUCUUGAAACUUUUAAGAUCCUUCUCACACCUCUUUUCUUAGCUGCUAUCUGCAGGGAAGGCUUUCUUAGGCCUGGACUGUUGCAGACCACUGGCAGCUGUGGGGUCUCAUACUCACUAGACUAAUGACGCUCGUUGAAGCAGAUACACAGUACAUGUAAGCGUUUACUCAGACAGACAUUAUCAUUGCAUCUAUGCUGACGUUCUGUCUGCCAGGAAGGAGAGGAUGCACAAAUAUAGCGUCAAUUUAUCCUUUGAAUUCUUGGCCUAGCAUGAAACUGUCAUUUUUUCAUUGUUAGGCAUUUAUAAACCAGGUGCCAGAGGGGGGCGGGGCCUGACUUGUCUCAGGCUGGAGAGGCUCCUGGAACUUUUUUGUCUCCUGUGGCACAAAAACCACGUUUCCAAGCAAUAUUGGACUGCAUGCCUACGUGUGAUGCCUGUCUAAAACAUUGUCUCCAAAAGACUAUAAUUAUUCAUGUUACACCACUUUGUUCCAGUUCCCUUUUUUACCCACUCGGGAGCUACGAGUCCAGGCUAGUAGCUACCCAUAGAGCGUUCUCUCUUGUGCUACCUAAGCGGAGAUAUCCACCAGAGAUAGACGCAAGCCCUGGCCGACCUUCUGGAACUGUGAGUCGGAUUUACAAGCCGCAGAGUCCCGCUGGCUUCCAGGAAGUCCGGCCUACCAUUCAAACUGAUUUUGCGCCCUUUCUCCCGAUUGGCCAGAGAAACACCUCCACUCCCUGUGCACCGAUUGGUGCAGGUUAGUUUUGCGCUCUUUCUCCCGAUUGGCCGCCGCAUGGUUUAGGCGCAAAAUUUGAAUCUACCAUCCUAAACCAAGUGAUUUACUGGAACCGUUUUUAGUUAUGUACAGAGCCUAAAGCCCAGACUUUAUAUGACGAUUUCCUGGGCUCUGUACAUCCAAUCGCUCCACUAUUUGCAGGGAUCAUACCUAGAACCAGGAGCUAUUUGGGGAUGUAUGGCAUGGGGGUGCGUUACUGUAUGGUGUGUUCGGCUUCCUGUGUCCGGGAGAUACCAUCAUCUCCCUGACACAGCGACGCCGGGGUGGGCUUAUGUUUUAUAUUGCUGUAAAUGGAGACCCCCUUGGAGAGUUCUUUUUCACCCUUCACGAAGUCUCGACUAGUGCUUGGGUGAUACCACGAUUGCCCUUCUGCAAGCGACUAUAACCACUGCUGCCACCCCCUCCCCCAAUUUAUUUUUUGAAAUUCUUUUAUUGGGGUUUUUUUUUUUUUUUUGUUCUAUACAGAAAUAGUUGGCAUAUAACAGUAGACAUUUGUGCUGGAAGAGCAUUGGUUUUACCCCAGAGUUGUUGCUAUGUUUCGACCGUGCCAUAUACUCGGAUAGUAUUUCACAGAUAAAGUGCGCAUAUCCUCAUAACAUUUUAUAACGUAAUGGUUAUAAAACCUAUUUAACUAGAUCGGGUACAUGUAGAUAGUACCCUAGUAAGACAGAAUGGUGUCACCAGUUCUCCAAGCUAUGUUAUGCUAAGUGCCUAUGUAGGUGAACAUCCAAUAUUGUGGACUUGCUGCCUGCUGUUCGUUUGCCCUUGUUUCCCGAAGUGGGUCAUUAGGUACAUGAGCAAACUGGAAUCUGUUCCCUUAAAGGGUGGAGAAGGUCCACUGGGGGUCAGGUGGGAGCUAAAGUCUGCCCCGCCCCACAAUUUAGUUUCAUAUGUAUUGAAAAACUGACUUCACAAAAGAGCACACCACAAGUUAAAGUUCAUGUUGCAUGCUUUAUAUUACAUUUAUUUUCAUUUAUCUUUUUGUGCUAUUUGUAGGUCACGAGAUAGGAAGAGGGAGGAUGGCAAAUGGAGGGAUUAUGAUAGACAUAGAGACAAGUACGACUGGCGAAGGGGAAGAAGCAAAAGUCCACCGAAAAGCAAGUCUACAAAUCGAAGUCGAAGCCGUAGCAGGGGUAGAAGCCGAGAUCGGGAAAUGGCACGAAGUCGAAGUGGUGCCAAAGGAAUUGUUACACAGCAGGCCACCUCUCUCACACGUAAGCAUGGUUUCCCAAGUCUUUUUUUAAUAUAUAUACUGUGUGCAUAAUAAUGUUGUAUUUGAACAAAUACUGUCAUGCAAGCAUACUGUUGUAUUGCAAAAAUGGAACAGCCUAACCGUAUAAUAUGCACAAAGGGAAAUGUAGCACUCUCAUUGUUACCUACAAAGUUAAAGAGAAGUUAAAACAAUAGUGUUAUACAAUAUCCUCUAUCUGGAGUUUUGUAUUUGCACGUGCACUUAAUUAGUCUACUGCAUCAUCAUUCUGGAGAGCUCCUACACCUCUUGAGCAGCAUGCACAUUCCAACUCCCACAUUCCCUGAGCAUGAUGUGCAUUUUAAGGGCACAUGCUUUGCACCAAAACAUCUUUUACUUUGUAAUGGUGGUUUUGGUCCAUUGAUUCAAAAAUCACAGAUUUUAUCCUACCAUGUUAAAGACAGAAAUGUAAAUUUAAGGUCUUCCAAUCUGAUGCUUUUUAUUAUGUUUUCUGACAGACUGUGGCAAAUGCAGCACAUGCUCCGUAUAUCCACAAUAGAUUUAGAACAUAAUAAUGUUUCUUUAAUGGGUUACUCCAAUAAAAAAAAAAAACUGUAUUUUAAGAAAACAUGGUUUUCUGUUUAGAGUAACCCAUCCCACCUCCAAAAAAAUUGAAUCCUAACCUUCCUUGCCAAGGCCAAAUUCUUCCUCAGCCCCAUCUUCUCUGCGGACUUCCCAUCGGUGGGGGAUGCGUAUCCCUUAAGUAUACGUUUACCACUUACCACAGCAAUAUAGAGUCUAAAUCGGUGGGACCCUCUUUUCAGUCUAAAAGAAGGGGUUCUACAGGUAAACGCUUUAGAAACUUCAAAUUACAGGGACCAAAAACCCAAGGGCAGAGUACAGAAUAUUUGAUAGUCCUAACCUCAACAGGGAUUUAGGGGUUAUUAUUUUUGAUGACUUAAAGGUAGUCAGACAAUGUAAUAGAGCAGCAGGAAAUGCUAGUAGAAUGCUUGGUUGUAUAGGGAGAGAUAUUCGCAGUAGAAAGAGGGAAGUGCUCGUGCCAUUGUACAGAACACUGGUGAGACCUCACUUGGAGUAUUAUACGCAAUACUGGAGACCAUAUCUUCAGAAGGAUAUUGAUACUUUAAAGAGAGUUCAGAGAAGGGCUACUAAACUGGUUCCUGGAUUGCAGGAUAAAACUUACAAGGAAAUGUUAAAGGACCACUCUAGGCACCCAGACCACUUCAGCUUAAUGAAGUGGUCUGGGUGCCAGGUCCAGCUAGGGUUAACCUAUUUUUUCAUAAACAUAGCAGUUUCAGAGAAACUGCUAUGUUUAUGAAUGGGUUAAGCCUUCCCCUAUUUCCUCUAGUGGCUGUCUCAUUGACAGCCACUAGAGGCGCUUGCGUGCUUCUCACUGUGAUUUUCACAGUGAGAGCACGCCAGCGUCCAUAGGAAAACAUUAUGAAUGCUUUCCUAUGUGACCGGCUGAAUGCGCGCGCAGCUCUUGCCGCGCGUGCGCAUUCAGCCGACGGGGAGGAGAGAAGGAGGAUCGGAGGAGGAGAGCUCUCCUCCCAGCGCUGGAAAAAGGUAAGUUUAAACCCCUUUCCAAAGCCGGGCGGGAGGGGGACCCUGAGGGUGGGGGCACCCUCAGGGCACUAUAGUGCCAGGAAAACAAGUGUGUUUUCCUGGCACUAUAGUGGUCCUUUAAAUGAGGAAAGACAAGCCAGGGGGAUAUGAUAGAAACAGUUAAAUACAUAAAGGGAAUCAACACAAUAAAGGAGACCAUAUUUAAAAAGAAAAACUACCACAACAAGAGGACAUAGUUUUAAAUUAGAGGGGCAAAGGUUUAAAAAUAAUAUCCAGAAGUAUUCCUUUACUGAGAGGGUAGUGGAUGCAUGGACUAGCCUUCCAGCUGAAGUGGUAGAGGUUAACACAGUAAAGGAGUUUAAUCUUAUGUCCCUUAUAUUUUACAAAAGAUAGAUUCAAAACAAAUACAACUUGAUUUGGAUAAAAGUGUAGUGAAAAUAUUAUUUAAAGGGAAUCUAUAGUCACCUAGACCACAUCAUUUGAAUGAAGUGGUAUGGGUGCAGGGGCCAUGUCCUUUUAACCCAUAUUUUUAGAGACUGCAGGAUUAAGUCCAGUUAUAGUGGCUAUCAGUAUGACAGCCACUCUAUGCGCUGGCGCUGCAGUAACACAAUAAACCUUGAUAACAUAAUGGAGAAUCUCCUAUAGGAAAGCGUUGAUUCAUUCCUUUGCCAUGUGGAAGCCUGCAUGCACAUGAUGUCACUGAUGCAUCUCUAUAACAAGCAUUAGAUUGGAGUGUCAUGGAGGAGGCCAUGCCUCCUCUGUGACAUCGUGGGAGUACAGGUUUGUGUUCCCUUAAGCAGUUUCCCAAAACUUGGGAAGCGUAAUUGAAAUGUGGCUUUCUUUUGACAUAUACUUCGUGUUAACCAAGAUAGAAUUGCAAAAGCAAAUAUAAACUUCAGAACAAGGUGGAAAGGUGGAACAGAUGUUGGGAAUUCAGUGUGUCGAAUGUUGUAGGUUUAGAAUUUACAAUGCUGUUCAGUCUUUCUGACCUUUGAGGUUUUGAUUGCUACUGAAUCAUUACCUUAUGGUAAUGGGUGUUUACCUCUAGACUGUAAGCUCGUUUGAGCAAUCUACCUAUUGUUUCUGUGUCACUGGUUCGUAAAUUCAGCCCCCCUCCCCCCCUUUCAUCAUAAUGUAAAGCGCUGCAGAAUUAGUUGGCGCUAUAUAAAUACCAAUAAUAAUUUAAUAAUUAGGUUUGUGAUUUAUAAUGUUCGUAGCAUGUAAAGAAGUGGCUAAAUUUUAAUGAGCAGUAGUUCAUUUUGCAACAGUUUGUGAGCUAAGCUGGCUGAGAAUCAUGAGAAAUGUAGUCCAAAAACCUGGGCAGCCAAGGUAUGCCAUCAUUGUCCCAAAAUUUGAAUGUGCUACCCUCUGGCUCAAGUGAAUUUUAGUACGGUUUUCAGCAAGUAACUAGUGUUGGUCUUGUUACAAGAGUUUGUUUUUGUACAGUGCACCCUAAUAAUCAUUUGUAUAGUGGACAUCAUGCAAGUUUGAAUGAUGUAUGACAUGAAAUUUAGUUCAGGGAUGAAAUGUACAUAUAUCUAAUAAAGAAUAUGGAGGGCUUAUGUGUUUUGAACAGUUGCAUACCUUCAGCGCAGAGGUUCAGCUAAGGGAGUUUUUUUCCAAAUAUAACCUCGUUUAAUGUAUUCACUUGUGUAUUCCUGUGAGUGUGUAUGCGUGUGUCUUAGGGGUGUAGGUUGUUUUAUUAUUCAGCUACGGUUUAAGAAAGACCAUAGAUCUGCCUGUGUGUAUUGUCACAUGGUGUGGCUGCCUGCUGGUCACUAGCUACUUUCUCUAAUGGGAGACUGGUAUAGGAACUAUGGAUGGUCUUAUCUGCAGAUGACCCAAGUGAUCACUUGGAGAAGUAAUGUAUUUUAUUUUCUUUUGUUUGUUAGCUUUACCUGUAAAAUGUAGAUGUUUGUGUUUAGAAUGCAUAAAAUUUAUAGUAAUCCAAAAAUAUUUUACUUAUUAAAUGCUGCUAUUAUUGGAAUUUAUAUAGUGCCAAUUUAUUAUGCAGCGCUUUACAAUAUUAUGAAAUGGGGAAAUAUAUCAAUAAAUGAGGCAAUUACAAAAUGAUACGGCAACAAUAGGUUAAUGAGGACCAUGCCCAAACGAGCUUAGUGUUAUGGCAAUUUUAUUUUUAGUUUAUUUUGGUAUCAGUUUAAAUGGCUGUACAACCUAUUCUGUUUGAUGGCAUGUAAGUGUUUCCACAAUAUGUGCUUGUACAUGCUAUCUUAGAUUAUCUGAAAUGGUUUGUUUGUUUUAGUUAUUUGCUUAUUUAUUUUUUCAUUUUGGUAUAUGUUUCCAUUAUAUAGAACAUGGUUAAGUUAUCCUAAACCCUACUUUAAAAGCAUCAAGCCUGCCAGAGGUAUUCCCUAAACUUCAAACUGCUGCACAUUUAAAAUCAGGAUGGCAAAAUUCAAGCUGAAAUAGCUAGCCUAGCUGAAUUGAAGGAUUAUGGCAGAACAGCUGUUUGCCUAAUUUGUUACAAAUUGAAUCAAUAGGUGCAUUUUGGUUUUUUUCUCUCAUAUGCUUAGAUCUGUUUUUUUUUUCUUGUAUUCUUUAUUUUGUAUUCUAUAUUUUGUACAGAAUAAGUUAUCAUUGCUUAACUGCAAUUAUUAUUUUAUUUUUUUUAUGUAACACGUUUCUGAAAGGGUGUGUUUUUUUUUUGUUUUUUUUUCCUGCUAUUUGCAGAGCACAGAGAGAGGCCCAAGUUUGAAUGUGAACGGAGUGAUCUGGAGUCUGUUUAUACACCAUGCUCCUCCCAGUCAGUCACCUGCUCUACUGAGCCACAGUAUUCCUCUGGUGGGCAAGCUAUCCCCAGCACUGUAACAGUCAUCGCACCUGCUCACCACCCAGAGAACACAACAGAGAUCUGGUCCAAUUACUAUAACAACCAUAACCUUCCCAACUCGUUUAGCAGAAACCCACCCACUAAACGACGCUGUCGAGAUUAUGAUGGUAAGAAAGACUGUGUAACUCUUUAAGCUCCAUAUUUAUUAUUGUACUUGUUCUCCAUGAUUUUAGCUUUGAACAAAUGCCUCUUAAGUAACCUUUGUUUCAGAAACUGUAUGAAAGAAACCGAGAAACUCUGACAUCCAUUUAAUAUUUUUAUUUUAAUUAAAAACCACAAGUAUAAUUUACUCAACUGUAUAAUAGUUCAAGUUCUGACAAAUGUUAAACAUUACACAAUUGAAAGCUUUGUGGUGGUUGUCUUGAGAGCUUGCAGUUUGAGAUUGUUUAAAUAAAAUGUGUUUCAUUUACAAAGAAUAUUUAUUGCUAUUAUGUAUAUUACAUCAGAUGAUUGGUAACUGUCCUUAUAUGCUUUGUUCUUAUAAGCUUUAAUUUUUUACACCUGCAAAUAUAUAUUUAUUUUUAAUUUUUUUAUAUUGAUCACAGAUAAAUCCACCAAGACAGAUCUUUUUGAUAAUUUUAUUUGUACUUUUAAAUAACUAAUGCAUGCAGUGGUGUGGUUUUUUUUUUUGGUUCUUUUUGUUUUGUUUUUUGUUUUUACAUGCAUUAAGACUCCAUACUUUGUCCAAACCACUAUAUAUCUUAUCACUUUAAAGCUUGUUAAUGAAAAAUUUCAUCAGAUUAACGGGUUAGUGAUAAUAUUUAAAGGUGUGGCCUGGGGCCUUCUCAGACUCUCACCCUUUGCUAGUUGUCAAGUAAGUUAACGAGCUAGUCAUGAGUGCAAGCCUGUCCAAAAGAAUGUAUGUUUAAUUUGAUGGAGUUCUUCUGGGGUUGUUCUGUGGUUUGCAACAGUCCAGAUGACCUUAUAUUCAUAUGGCAUUUUCCCCCCUUUAUCUCUCUCCAUAGAGCGAGGGUUUUGCAUCCUUGGUGAUCUCUGCCAGUAUGAUCAUGGAAAUGACCCUCUGGUAGUUGAUGAUGUGUCCUUACCCAGUAUGAUACCUUUCCCCCCUCCCCCUGGACUUCCUCCUCCUGGUAUCUUGAUGCCCCCCAUCCCUGGCCAUCACAAUAUGAGAGUGCCUGUUCCCGGAGUAGUCAAUCAGCCUCCUCCAUCUGCUGUUCCCCCUACCACAAGUAAGUGAACACUGUAACCAUGAUCUUGACAACCCCUUCAUUUAGUAAUCAUUUUUGGUUUGGUUUGGUUUGUCUUCUUAGAAAGGACUGUUAAUUUAAUGUGAUCUGCCUUUGUCUUGGCUUGUUUUACUCCACAUUGUCUGCCUUUCUGUUUAAGGUUGUAGGAGCUUCACAGUGGUUUAAAUUAGAAAAAAUAUGUCUGUCAUUCUGAUGCUACUGAAAUAAAAUUAGCAUCUGCACAUGUGAAUGAAAUAAUCAGGGCCAGGAAAAAGUAAUGCAAAACCUCGACACGAAAAUAGACGUGCACUUAACCUCUUUAUAUUAAGGGAUUAGGCUGAUGCCAUUAUAUCUUGACAUACAUGGUAAGAUAGUCAUUUAGGAGUUAAUUUGCUGUAGUCCUUGUAAGAAUCAAGAUUUUGUGAAUGUUAGGCCAGGUUGACUCAUAUUCUAAAAUAGUUUCUUACCUUAAAGGGUCACUCCGGACUUCUAGAUUUUUUUUUUUUACAAAAGAAAGUGAAGAUUUCAAUAUAAAUUUUCAUUCUUAUAAAUUACACCCUCAAGCAGUGAACAUGUCCUGUUACUACCUGGUUUGUUUAGUUCACUAGAGCUAAAUUUAAGAGGCAUCAAUUGCCCAGAGCUCCUUCAUUGCAAAGACUUCUCAUUGAGCUGCAUUGGGUAGUCUGUGAUUGGACAGCCACAGAAAGUCUGGACUGUGGAAGAAAGAAGUGAGGGCUUGCAAAGGCAUCAGAAACAAGAAUUAUAGGUCUUUCAAGCUGUUUUUAGUUAUAACCCCAAUAAAAAAAUAAAUAUAUAUAUAUAUAUAUAUAUAUAUAUAUAUAUAUAUAUAUAUAUAUAUAUAUAUAUAUAUAUAUAUAUAUAUAUAUAUAUAUAUAUAUAUAUAUAUAUAUAUAUAUAUAUAAAUAAAUAAAUAAAUAAAUAAAUAAAUAUAAUAUAUAUAUAUAUAUAUAAAAAUGUGUGUGUAUGUAUUUUUUUUUUUUUUUGUUUUUUUGUUGGGGGUUCCUUUACUAAACAUUAUAUUCUAAAAAUAAUAUUUUCUAUUUGGGCAGUGGAGUAUCCCUUUAAUACUAUUAAAAGCAAAAACUGGCUGUCUGACAGGAAGUGAGGCGUUUCAGUGAAGUUUUAUUAAAGUGCUAAUUUUCUCUUGGAAUCGGCAUUUUUAUAAACGGUUACAAAUAUGACAGACUCUAGAAACCUAAAGCUGAAGUACUUUAUUUAUGUGGAGUGUUCCUUUUAAAGCUGCACGAUCACCUUGGGUUUUUUUUUUUUUAUUAUUAUUAUUAUAUGGGAGACACAGUAAGGAUUAUAUAGUCCUAUGUAUGUGCUGUUAUUUGGCAAAAUAUGGUAAAGAGGGGGUGCUUUAUGCAACCCCCACCGCCAUAAAUUGUAAUUUCUACUCAACCUCCAGGUAAGUAUAUAUUCCCUCUAUACCAGGCUUUCAACAUCGAAGUGGCAUGUUGCCUUAAGGGUGGGGAAUCCUUGCAAAAAAAAUAAUAAUAAAAAAAAAUGCUAAGGCCCCACGAGUGACUGUGUGUUUGCUUUAAUAUGGGUUCAUGUCGUUUUCAGUGUUUAACUUAAAGUGGCAUACUAAGAAACAUAAUCGGUACAACUUCAUGUAGUAGUUGUAUUGUUUUGCAACUCUAUGGUGUUGUGUCAAGCCAUCUAGGGAUAGCUUGGCAAAACAAUUAAUCUUUUAUCAUUGCUCAUAGAAUGCCCUCUCCUCAGCCACAUUGAUACUUUUGGACUUCGAUGUAACAUUUCAUAGGUAAUGUAUUAAAAAGUGGGGGGUGGAGGGGAAAUACUCACACACACCAGGGUGAGGUAAUCGUAAGCAUCUCAUUUUAGUCUGUAGGGGAUGAAAUUUAAUUUUAAAAUAAACUACUUCUCCUAUAAUCUACUGCUGAUCAGUGUAUCCCCAGAAAAUUUGUCCCAAUCAUCAUAUAAGAUGGUUGGAACGGCCCUUUAAACUGAUGGCAGCCAUACUGCGGCUGCUCUGUCUAUACAAAGCCGGUUCACUUUUUAUUUAUUUAUUUAUAUUUAUUUUUAUUUUUUUAGUUAACCAGGCUGCAUAUCUGUGUCACAUGAGCCGCAGACUGUGCUUGUGUUUAUACUUCUGCUCUGUCUUGAGAGGGGAGAGAGAUCUUUCCAUAUUGUGAAUGUGGACUGCGCACAACACACAAAAUGGACAAAUUAUUUGAAACUGAAACAAAGUGUUUCAAACAGAUCGAUAGCCCUGGUAGACAGUCUUAUAUUGGCAGCGAUUUUAACAUAUUUCUGCCACUAGAGUCCAUCCACGUAUAUUAUUGGGCUCUGGUUGUGCUAAACAUUAUGCACUUUGCCAUCGUUCAAAGUGCUUAUGGUGCUUAGACUAGACUAACUCCUUAACACUACCCUAUUAUCAAUGUAAAGGCUAAGAGUGCCUGCGGCCGGUUAUGCAAGUGGAGGAACUGCCCAAAAGCGGAGUACUCUAGUGUGGUAAGACCAUAUAAUGAGGUGAUACGGUCAGAGACUUAAGAGCACAUUUGAGGUCAGGAGAUUGAUUGACCCAUAGAGAUCCUUCUUUUUUUUAUGUUUUAUUUUUUUUGGGGGGGGGGGAAUAAGCAAAUAGUUGUAAAAUGGUAUGAGACUGCAUGUGGUCUUUUAUUUUUAUUUUUUUCCAAAAAUUAUUUGCAAUGGAAUAAAAUGUGUGUUCUGUUUUCCAACAUGCAGGGUUACCAUUAGCACAUACAAAUUUGCUGAAUAACCGUGAACAGCAAGGAUCAAACACUGUACCAAGCCUUGCACCAAUCGGAGGGUUGCCUCCUCCCUUACCCCCUCAGAACUUACUGUAUUCUGUAUCAGAACGUAAGUAUACCUAAUGUAUACGAUGAUGCAGUUAAAUUGUUGUAGUACAUAAAAACAUGCACAAAUUUUGUCUUGCGUAAAACAAAAAUUACAAAAUGUGCUGUUGCAAUCAUAAACCUGUUCAGUUUUUCUGUCACACAAUAUUUAGCCCCAUUAUAGAUGCAUAAUUUGAACAAACCAAUAUUAUUAUUUAGACAGUUUUUGCCAAGUAAUAUAAAGUAAUUUAAAUAUAAGCAUAUAAAUAUUUUUUUGCAUAACGUUAUGUGUCAAGACUUUUGGAGGUGUUAGAAAUAUCAAGAAUGUUUUGCACUAUAUAGUAACUUCAUUUUGAGCAUUUGUUAUAUGUAGAAGAGCUUAUAUGAUAAACUUCAUUAUUCUCGUAUGGUAAAUAUUUGGCAUCUCUUCUGUGUAAACCUGUGCAAUGCAGAACAAACUGCUGAUGCUCUUGCUUUGCUUGGAUUAGUGAUAUGGCAGUGUUUUCUCUCUUUCCCAAUAUAGAUACAUAUGAGCCCGAUGGCUAUAAUCCUGAAGCUCCUAGUCUUACAAACACAGGUAGAACGGCUUACCGACAGUUCUUUACGCGGACACAAACACAGAGGCCUAACUUGAUUGGAUUAACAUCUGGUGACAUGGAUACAACGCCAAGAGGUGAGUUGCUUGUCAAAAGUUAGCAUUAUAUGUUGUCUGUCUGUUUCAUUAGGAACUUCCUUAAAGGAACACUAACUAAAAAGGAACACUAAUAAAAGGGAAAAAUUACUUUCACCUGCCUCCCUCUCUCCCACCCCCCCACCAUCCCUAAGUUGAGUCUAACUCUGUGCUGCCAUCUGCUCCCCAUCAUGCUACAUAACCCAGCAGGUGUCACUUGCUUGGUUUCUCAUCCAAUACUUCUUAAAGAGAGGCGCAUGCUCAGUGCUCUUCCAAUCAAAUGCCUAUGCUUCUCAUAGGGAAACAUUAAAGCGUUUAGAUUGCAGGGAUAGAGAGACAUGGACACUGCUUUCAGACUGGUCCAACUCAUAAGGGUUCCACUAAGACAAUUGUUUUAGCUUCUCAUAAGACUUAUUUGCAAGUGUUAAAGGUAACGGUAACAAUUAACGGACUUCUCUUUUAUAAAUUACUUUAUUAAAUAUCAGAACAAGACGCAUGCAUAUCAUAUAGAUAUCUCUUUUGACACCUCUAAUAGAAAUAUAGUCUGUUCAGUUGCCUAGAAUUUGAGGUUUAACAACAUCAUGUCCUAAUAGACCCUAAUUGUCCAUAGUGUGCAUCUGUAGUGUUAUUAUUGUUAUUAUUAUUAUUAUUAUUAUUAUUAUUAUUAUUGCCAUUUAUAUAGCGCCAACAGAUUCCGUAGCGCUUUACAAUAUUAUGAGAGGGGAUUUAACUAUAAAUAGGACAAUUACAAAUAAACUUACAGGAACAAUAGGUUGAAGAGGACCCUGCUCAAUCAAGCUUACAUUCUAUAGUGUUGUGGGCAUACCUGUCUGAAUCUUUCAAGGAAACUUCAUUUUUGAUACAUGAUUGCUUUGUAGACUUUCAUGUAAGGGCCUUAUUGCACAGCUAAUCUAAAACCAAAAGUAUUAAUAUGUACAUGACACAAAAAAAACACAUUUUGCCAUAAACAUUCCUCUAAAGGCUCUCAGAUUAGCGGUCACUAGAGGUGUACACUCGGUAAGCACUGGAUUCAAUGCUUCAUUGAUAAGCAUCUGAUUUACCUGAGGGGAGGAGGUGCUGGGUUAACAGGGAGUUUUAAUUGUGCUUUUUUGUUUUUAAUGGUCAUAUCUAAAUGUGUCCAGAAACACAUUAAGAUCAAUAAUGUAUUUAUUAUUGUCAUUGUUCCUUUUAUGUCCCUUGGUAAUUCACAAAACAUGUACCACUCCUCCCAGGUUUAUAUUGUUUUCUGUUACAGGAAAUUCUCUUUAUCUAGCAAUUUAAGCUAAGGCUAAAAUAAGACAUUGGUUUUAAGAUUCCUUUAUCACAUUGUUCCGUUACCCUAAAUAUGAUGGCAAGAUCACUUCACAUUGAUCUUAAAGCCUCUUGAAAUGACUGCUAAUCACAUUCCUGUUGCUUAAAUAUUUAGACUUUUUCUUUCUUUCUUUUUUUAGCUGCUAAUAUUAUCAUUCAAACAGAACCUCCUCUACCUGUUCCUGUGAAUAGCAACGUCAACAGAGUUGUCGUAGAACCUGACCGCAAACGGCCUCUAGGAUCUAUUGAUGGUCCAUUUGCAAAGAAAGCUUGGAUAGACAAGUAAGGAAAUUGGUAGAGUCAAAAGGCCAUACAUGUAUUUUUUUUUUUUUAUGGGAUUUGACCUUUUCAGCCUUGUAGACUUGUUUAUUACUGAGGACUCUUACUUUAUGUCAUUAAGUAUAUAAAUGUCUUCAGAAGCCUAAAAAUUCCCACUAUUCUCUGAGAGACAAUAUGUAUGUAAUGCAACACAAUUUCAGUCGCAGAAAGCAUUAAGGUUUUGAACAGUGUGACCUCACCAGCUGUGCAGUACAGAAUUUAAAGAUGGUCUGCCCAUUGAGAUUAAAGGCAAAUUAUAUCAUAUAUAAAUAAAAUGCAGUAUAUAACCACCGUUCCCAUUUUUAUGUCUGAAUAGUCUUGGUUCUUGUCUUGGUGACCUUUUUUACCUGAACAGCAACCUAUGCACCAACAAAACAAUAACAGAUUCUGCUUUAUUUUUUUAAUGCGCUUGAUUGUGUAUGUAUAAUAUAAAUACAACAUUUCUUUUUCUAAUUUCCAGACAAGGAAGCAACAACCAUAACAAACUAGGAUUUAUGAAAAAGAUUCAAUAUACGAAUACCAAACUUGAAGUCCGUAAAAUCCCUCAGGACCUAAACAACAUUACCAAGUUAAAUGAGCACUUUAGCAAAUUUGGUACCAUUGUUAAUAUACAGGUGGGUAAUAUGUUAUUGAUUUUCUGUUUAGUGUGUGUGUUUGUGCUCUUCACAUGAUAUAAUUAAUUUGAGUAUUUUUGAGCAUUGCAGUAGUGAGGAGUUGUUCACCAUUGUGUCCAAUGUAACAUGGCAUCCAUGUGGCAUGUUUUUAUAUCUGAUUCUAAAAUCAUGGUGAUCACAAAGCUAUUUUUCUUCUUUAUAUAUCUUAAGGUUGCUUUCCAAGGAGACCCUGAAGGAGCUCUCAUCCAGUACUUAACCAAUGAAGAAGCGAGGAGAGCAAUAUCUAGCACUGAAGCGGUGUUAAAUAACCGGUUUAUUAGGGUGCUCUGGCAUAGGGAAAAUAAUGAUCAGCAACCUUCUCAACAGCAACAGCACAUGACUCAUCAUACACAACAUACAGCACAAACUGUCCCAUCAUCUCUGACAGCUACUGGACACAUGCCAAAGGUAACAUUUUUUUCUGUGUUUUAUCAGUUAUUUCAGGGCUCAAAAUGUUAAGUCCCUACACUUCUAGCUAGACCUAAAAGUGACUUGCUAAUGAAAACCUUCUCUUGCAAUGUGACCACUGGGGAUGGACAGGUCAGGAGUUUUUGCAGACAAUUAGCACCCAAAUGAUUUGAAUGGCAUUGUGAAAUUCCUAGCAUAUUUGUAUUAGUAUUUACGAUUUGCCAAUGGCAUAGCAACAGAGGCCAAGGAAGUGUUUAAAUUAAAAUGGAAAUCCUUUUCAUGGGGAAUAUGUAUUGGGAGAAAUAAAACCAGGCGCAGGGGGAAUUAAAGGUCUAGAGCAGCUUGCAUAGCCGGUAAACAUAUGCUGCACUGAGCUAGUGUUAAAAGGCAUUCGCGGAAACAAGUGUCUUGCUUGAAGGAGUCAGCACAGAUACAGUACACCAUAACAAUGAGGUGCUUUUUCAGUGCAACAAAAUGUAACUAAUGGUUUUGACAGGAUUUAAAACCAGAUGGUGGGGUCUAUUAAUGUAAAUUGUUUAUAAAGAGCAAUUUUGGGGGCAAUCUUUAGGAGUUGGUCAGUCGCUAUGGAAACCAGUGGGAUGCUCCUUAUGCAGUUUUGCCUCAGAGUAGCAAUCUUCAAUGUGUGUUUCAUUCAGUCUGAUGAAAACUGCCCCCACAUUCAGUUGAGAUGUCUUUUGUUGUAGACAUAUUCUUAGCACUGUGACUGUUUAUGCCCCUUGCAUAGCUUGUGGUACAAGGGGGCCACACAGUCACUGUUCUGUGAAGCAGUUGGUGCAAAGUUCUUGCUUUUAACUUCAAUCAGGAAAAAAACACACACAAAAAGGAAAUUAAUCGGUCACUUUGUAUUACUACCAAGAAGGCACCUGUUGCAAAUCAUUGCCAUUCUAAGCAACUGUGUGAGCAGGGAGACAAAAUAAAUAUAACUUUAUUCUUUAAAUGUACAGGUGAUGUCCAAACCUCCCAACCAGGGUUCCUAUUCCCUGAACAAAUUACCUAUUAAAAAUCGUCUUGGAUCAACAGCAAGCAACCAGCCUGACACCACAUAUCUGGCAACAAACCAAACCAGCUCAGGGGAGGAAUCUCAGGUAUGAUAUUUCUGCUGCUUCUACAAAAGUUAUAUUGUAAAAGUGGAGGGAUCGGCAUGCACACAUUCAGUUGGUUUUUACAGCAUUGUGCUACAUAACCCACUUUAUUAAAUCACCAUUACAUAUUAGCUCGAAUGGUGAUUAUGGUGAACCAUACCUUACUUUGUAAUAAAGACCCUGCAAUCUGCACUGAGAGUGGAUGUUUACAAUGUGUGCUUUUCUUUUUUUUUUUUUUCUAAUAAUAUUCAAUGAGUCCAAGCACCAUAACAACUUUGUUUUAAAUAUGUUUGUCAUCAAUCUAAAUGCGGGUGUCGAACAUAGUAUUAUUGAUGCAGAUAGUCGCCUACGCAGAGGCGUGUAGACAACGUGAGGCCGACAUAUUUCGGGUAGCUCAGGAUCAUAUAUGGUCAAAAUAAACAAGCAAUGACAAAUAUUGAGUAUUCAUAGGCCUUGCAAAGCUAGACACACAAAAAAACGUUAAAACCUGCUUGGUACUACAUUGUUCAGGCGUUGUUGUCAGGUAUGUACCGCUAUAGUAGUGGCAGUUAGUAACGUGUAGUCAGCCAUCAACUCUGUCAAUGUUACUAGUGUGGUUCGUUAAUGGGUGCUUUCGUUAAGGUGUGUCUCGCACAUUUUGCUGCUAGGUAUGCGACAUGAACUAAAAAGCGUGCACAUGGUGAGUCAGCUGUGCCCCUCUGGGUCUCCCUGAUUCCCCCUGUUGUGACUGAACCCCCCCAAAGCCAUGCGUCUGUGUCUUUUAGGGAGUUCUACCUCACCGUGGGCACUCAGAGACCAGAGCUGUCCGGCGGUCUCCGUCUCUUGCACCUCCCCAGCCUCACAGGGCCUCCCUGGAGCUCCGGCCCCGUCUUGCCUCUCCCGCCUCCGGCCACUCACAUGACGCCGGCUUCGGGCCCGUGCAUCUCUGCUCCACCGGGCUUGCAGAAUUGGGGGCAUUUUCUCCCAGUUGCGGGUACAGCCACCCCAGGGGCCGUGGUGCCCCAGCGUGGAUCUCUGCUGCGUGUAUGUGGUUUGCCCAUCGGCCAUUUUAGCUCUGUAUAGGGAUGCACCAUAUUCUGGGUGCGCUUCCACCUCCAGCUUCUAAAGUUCCGACUUUUGGGCCGGGAUCACCCCCCCGGUCGGGUGGGAGCGGGGCCGAUCCAUGUCUCCUUUGCCUUCCGUGUGCGCAGUGGACUCCACUCAUGCAGCAUGUCUCAGGCCUCUGGGUUCGCCGUGUUUAAUGUGUGCCGUUUACUCGACGCCUUUCUCCCCGGUUCCCCUUCCUCCUGAUCUUGCCUCCGGUUGCAGUUGUCUGCUCAAAUCGUGGGUAUGUUUUUUUUUUGUUUGUUUUUUUUUUUCACAUUUUAUGCAGUUCAUAGCCGGAGCCGGCAUGGAUAGCAGCUACUCUCUCUCUAGCAAUUUUAUGAAUACUGCAGCCACAACUUAGACUGAGCUCUGCCUAAGAGCUGAACCACAGAAUGUGUAUACCCAGUUGCCAACUGUGAUCAUUCCUGCACACUGCUUAGUACCCUAAAUUGUGAAUCAGACUGCAUGUAAAAUAUUUACAGAGCUGUUACACUCAUCCUGUGUCAUGAGAGGAGCCUGUCCUGAAGAAUAAAAUAUUAAACCCAUAAACCUUUGCUAUUGAGAUGGGUUGGUGGGAUAAGCGAUCUAUCUAAUGGACCAGAAUUAGUUUUUGGUUGGGGAGCCUCUUCCAAGUGAGGCAGUGAUCAGCCUUCUAUAAACUUAUGCUAUGCAUGUGUUCAUGGCAAUAUAAUGUUAAAGUGGUUUUUUGUUUUUUUUUUGUUGUUUAGGAACACUUUUUCUUUAUGCACAAGUACAUUUAUGUAGAAUGUUAUUUUAGCGUUUACAUUUUCCUUUUUCAUUGAGCAAAAAAAAAAAAGUGGGGAGACUCCAAAGUGUAAAACAAAUGAUAUAUUUAGUUAGGAAGUCAUACCAGUAUAAAAUGUGAAAAUAAAUUGCAUAAUCUAUUCCCCAAUGAUCCAACCAUGGACCCUAAUUCUUGGAAACGUUUGUGUUAUAAACAGCAGCGUUUGGUGUAUACUUUGAUACAUAGUUCAGGCUAAUGAGCAAAACUGCCAUUAUCAUACAGGAGGGGCAUUGCCGAGGAUCAAGUAUACAAUUUUGGCUGUAAACGCAAAGUGAAAGGCUACUGAUGAGAGAUUGAAGAAUAACUUGAAAUAUGUAAAUCAUUCAGUGAAAUGGUUGAAAAUAGUGUUGUGCUCUGGUUGAUAUUAAAGUAAUGGCACUCUUGAUAGCAUUCACUUUUGUAGUUUAAACACUGUACCUUUUUCCGGGCGUUUUUUUUGUUUGUUUGUUUAUUUUUUAUAUAAUUCUUUAUUUUUACUGUGCAUAGCAUUACAACAAGCUGGCAAUGCCCCAACAGGUAUUGCCAAUAUACAUAAGACAUGGUAGAACAUAGGUACGACAUUGGAGAAUACUGCACAUUUUUUAUUAUUUCAAUAGUCUCACCCACACAUCUAGGUACUGUUAGACUGUUGCUGUGAUUCAGAAAAGGGUAACUAGACCUGGAGAGUAGUGUAUGUCAAUUAAUAUAAGAGUAUACAUGCUAGAUAAUGUAGAUGUAAAGCUUGGUUUUAGGCAUGCUUGAGAACUUUAAGUUACCCAGAAUGGGCCAUCCUAUACUGCACCCUGGAUAUUAUGGAAUCAGGCUCACUAUAGAUUUCUAUAAACAAUACAAUCUACAAAAAAGAAACAAACAUAGACAAAGAUAUUGUAGUAUAUUGAAACACCAGAAGUGCCAUUAUUUAAAUUGCACUCGCAGAAUAAAAAUGCAAUGCAGGCAUGUAACAAUCUUUGGGACUUGACGGACCUCUGUUAUCUUCUCUUUAGACCUUAAUUAAGAGGGAGAGACACACAGGACAUAGUGCACCAGUAUAAUCUAAAACAAUAAUUUUUAUUUGAUUGCACUCACAAGAAAAUAGUUGAAAUCCAGCAUAUCAAAACACUCGGGGAUUCACAGUGCCGGCAUCCUUCCCGUAGCAAGUAUUAAAAAGGCCAGAUAUAACAAAUACAAAGAAAUACAAAUCAAAUGAAUAAAAUCAAAAGUGCUGCCUUAGUCCCUACGUGUUUCGUCCUAAACCGGACUUCCUCAGGGGCAGAUAAAGGUCUGUAGUAAAGUAUCCUCCGUCUGUCUUUUUUAAAGAUAGAUGUUAAAUCUCCCGUCUUCUCAGUAGUCAGUCGCGCUGUAUCCUGGUAAUCACAUCACCUGUAUCCAGUUCGUGAGUUCCAAGCCUCUUUUUCAUUUCCGCAGUUCAAAAGUUACAUCCGGUAUCUCGUGGAAAGCAAAUUUGCGUUCCAUGAUCGUAUACCCGGAAGUCCUCGAAUCCAUAUAUGAAAAAGUGUAAAAAGACAUAAAAAAAUAAAAAUUGUAACAAUCAGAUCGUGAAUUUAAUCGUUUUCCAACAUAAAAAUUGAAGAAUCAUAGAGAAAAAAGUUAAAUAUUUAAUAUACAAGAAAUAUAACAUUUAAACCAAUAGAAUCCAUUAUAUCCAAAAAAUAAUAAAAAAAAUUAAUAAAUAUAAACAUUCAAGGGAAAAUCUAAGGAAAGGAUAUUAAAUAAUUAGAUAUAAUAAAAAUUCCACAUUUAACUAUAAAAAUCCCAUGCUUAAAUAUAAAAAAUUUCAUAGUUAAAUCUAAAAAGGGGACUUGGAUGACCGGAAUGGGUAUAUGUAAAUUAUCAAUUAUUUAAAAAACAUUUAAAAUGAUACUCCUAAAAAGCACACCAUAUCAAAGUCAACAUUUAGCCCUAUAGGACUGAAGGUCUUAAAAUUAAAAAUCCAAUAACUUUCACUUUGUCGCAAUUUUUUAAUUAAAUACCCAUCCAAGGUAACCUUUUCUAAACCUGUGCAUAGAAGUGUUUCAAACUUAAAAUCUGGACAAUUAUUACAGUGGACAGGUACGGAAUGGGUGGUCAAUUUUUUCUUUAUUAUUAUUAUUGCAAUGUUCCAUGAGCCUGAUUUUCAAAGCUCUACUUGUCCUCCCUACAUACUGAAUACCACAUCCACAAGUUAAAAGAUAAACUGCAUUGGUAGUAUUACAAUCAAUAUGUUCAUUUAUUUUAAAAGAUUCUCCUGUUUUAUAACGAUUAAAAUGUUGUUGUUUUUUUAGGUUAAAAUCUACAUCCUUUGCAUCUCCCACAUUUAUAAAAGCCCUUUAGUAUUGUAGUUUCCAUUUCUUUAGCUCUAAAAGUACUGGGAGCUAAAAAAUUCUUACAUUUUUUUUUUUACUUUUUUUAAAAAUCAUUUUAGGUACAAGUGGAAUAUGUUUUUUUGAAAAGGUCAUCUUCCAAUAGAAGGGGCCAAUGUUUCUGAAAAAUCUUUUUAAUUUUAAAAGCUUGGGCAUUAUAUUGGGUAACAAAGGAUAAAGCAAAAUUAUCAUUAGAAUUCUUAUUUUUAUCUUUAUUCAUUAAAAGAUUAUUUAUAUUGGUAUUUUUGCAUCUGUUAAUUUCUUGAUCAUAAAACUUAGGAGAAUAACCCUUUUCUAUAAAUUUAUUUUUAAGAAACUCAGAUUGAUCUAGAAACUUUCUUCAGUGCAAUUUCUUUUGAUUCUAGCAAAUUGGCUUCUGGGAACUCAUCAAAGCCAAUUAGGAUGGUGUGCACUUUUAGUAUUUAUAAAAGAGUUGGAAUCUGUGGGUUUAAAAAACUUUUUAGUUCACUAUAGAUUUCAAAAGAAAAAUGCUGAGAAGAUAUAGAAAAACAAUAUUUGCAUAAAGGUGAAGUAGGAUGCUGUUGGGUGUCUGGUAAGCCGUUCAGCCUAUGCCCUAAGCAGGUUGCUUACAGUCCUCCCCGUUUGUGGAGAGUCUCAGGCUUGGUGUUGCAUGUGCAGGCAGUCGGUCUGAUAGGGGUUCUAGUGUUCUGCUCUGUACCUCAUCUUGCUGCGCUGACCCCAUGCUCGCCGCUGGGUAUUGCAGGCAUUGUUCCGGUCGGGCAUCUCGCCUCCUAGAGGCCUGUUUGUUUGACCUCUGCCUCUUCUUGUGGGUCGAUCGUGUAGCAGUAGGUGCAGGUCGGCAGCAUGUGCGCAGCGGUAAACCCGGGGGAGGGUGGACUGCCUGCAGGACGUGCUCGGUCCACCUGCACCUCAGCCUCCUCCAGAAGUUGGCAAACACUUCGUCUAGGCGGCGUGAGAUGAUACAUAUAUCUCCCAGGUAGGUCGGGGAACACGUGGUGUCCGCCAUUUUUAGUGUUCUUCCGGGGGCGGGGAGUUGCGGGGCAUCAUCAUGAUGGAGUCCAGUCUGCGCCGAACCAAGGUAUUGUCCGCUUCUCUCUUCCAGAGCGCUCGCCAGGCCCCACUAAUGGCGGUUACAGGCUUUGACCAUACAGCAGCAAGUGACCGCAGGAAGUGUGUCCAGGCCGGUCAGCCGAUUAGGGGGUACAAGAGUAUGCUGUUGGCCCCAGUUGGAGGGCUGCAAGAGCUGGUUAAUGAGCUUUAGGCAGGGUUUUGGUAGGAGCUCUUGUGAAAUGCGACCUCUCACCAUGACAGUCAGGCCCCGCCCCCCUUUCCAGGCGGUUUUAACCUCUUGGUUUUGUUUUUGCAAAUUUUUUUUUUUUUUUUUAAACAAAAGGAUUGAUUAAUUGUACCAGUCUUAAUCGUAUUUGCUUUUCACCACUGUAAAUAAUUUGUGUGAAUGAAAAUAACAAAAAUUUAUAUUUUGCAGACAUUAGCACCUUCUACUGGUCAUUCAAAAAUGGUUUACAGCUCUCCAAAUUUAAAGUCUGCCACAAAACCCUCAACUGGUUCAAAACCAGUGGAUGCUCAAGAAGCUCUUAAAAAGAAGCAGGUAUGGUUAUUUGACAACUGUUUAAUUUGAUAGCACUGUGUAGCAUUGCAUCAUGAUAGGUGUGCAAGUAAUUGUUUUCUUAAUUUGGUUGAAUUAUUCUUUGGAAUAUCUUAUGGCUCUCAUGCAGUGAAUAAUGUCCCACCCAUCUAGGUAUGAGUUUGUGUGUUAAUUUGUAUGAACUUUAACAUACCAUCUUAUUCUGGAAGCCGCAUGGGUGUCUGAUUGAGCCGCAAGGUCUUUAUUAAACUGUUGUUUGAGAUUUUACAUCAGAACGUGCCAAAGGAGUCCUGGAACCAUAACUACAACAGAGCUCUGUAGUUGUUUUAGUGGUUAGAGUAAUAAUUUAAUAAAGGUAUGGGAUUCUCUGGAUUGAAAUAAAAUAUAUGCAUUUAAUAGGUAUGUUAUCUUUUUAUGUAGUGGGAGACAUUACAGCUACUUUUUAAAUGGAGUUGUGUUUUGCUUUUGUUUUUAUCUGUUUAUUUAAAUUGUCUCUGAAUAGAGAUCACAUGCAGAGCUACCCAGCACCCUACUGUGUAUCCUCACGUUUCUGCACAUGUACUGAUGCAGACACAAGGCAAAUACUCUGGCUGCCUCCUUGGUGCACAGCAAGAGAAAGUGUUAAAUUGUAGUCGAGAAUAACACUGUUUGUACAUAUCUGGCUAUCCAUCGUCUGCAACCAAGUUUCGAUAGAUAUGAGGUUUUUUUUGUUUUUUAAAUGGACUGCUGCCUCUCAGUUUGAAGAUUUGUAAAUUAUUAGUAAUGGUCAUCAUUGUGGGAAAACAUUUUUAGACUGUUGCAUGGAUAGUUGAUACUGGGUUUUUUGUUUUUUAAAUUACAAAACGUAUUUGUUGUUUUUAAUUUUUCUUUUUUUUUUCUUUUAUCGAUGUACAGGAAGCUCUAAAGCUGCAGCAGGACAUGAGAAAAAAAAAGCAAGAGAUGUUAGAGAAACGUAUUGAAUAUCAAAAGGUGUGUGUGUGUGUGUGUGUGUUUUUUUUUUGUUUUUUUUUACCAGGCACAUUAAAUUGAACUAUUUUCUGAGCGUUAAAUUGUGAGACACUAUUUCUUUUCGUAAACUAAACCUUAUGCUUUAUGCAGGCAGGCUGGGUUAUUUGCAAAGUCUAGUUUUAUAUAGUUUAAUUAGAAAAAUUCUCCAUCUAGGCUAUUUUUACUUCUGAGGGCCACUCUCUGCAACAAAGCAGCUUCAUCUUAAUAACCUAGUCUCUGCACCAUGCUAGUGGAAAACAUUGCCAUUUCAGAUUGACCGCCUCUAAAGGAGCUUCAUCACACAUAGCAUGAUGUCGAUGAAGUCUGUGACAAAUCUUAUAAAGAGACACUAAAUCCAGUGCUCCUCUAAGUAGCAUUUAAUUGGCUGAGAACAGCAGUUGCCGUACAUGAAUAGUAGAUUCCCAGUGCCUUUACGAGAACCGUUGGAUUGGACCAGACACCAUCUGAAAGGAUGAUCUUUCAGUAGGAGCAGAUGCUGUAUCACCUGUGAUUAACCUCUUAAGGACCAAACUUCUGGAAUAAAAGGGAAUCAUGACUUGUCACACGUCAUGUGUCCUUAAGGGGUUAAAAAUGCCCGCACGCCCUUUUGAGUUCCCAUUCAUUUCCUAACACGUGCCAAUUCUGUUUUGAAUGAACACCUUUUUCUUUGCCUUCAAUAGACAUGGAAGAAUGUCUAUUGAAUAAGCUGCAUUCUGACCUAAUAUGGGAUUAUUUUUGGUUGGAGGCAACUGUAAAAAUAUGUUUAAGCUAGUGACAAAAUAUUUUUUUUUUUAUGGAACAACUACAAUUUUGUUUACUCAAUAAGCUGCAUUCUGACCUAAUAUGGGAUUACUUUUGUUCAGUUGCCUCCAACCAAAAAUAAUCCCAUAUUAGGUCAGAAUGCAUCUUAUUGAGUAAACAAAAUUGUAGUUGUUCCAUAAAAAAAAAAAUAUUUUGUCACUAGCUUAAACAUAUUUUUACUACGUCAUAGAACCAAGCACACAUCUAUUGUAUUUAUUUGCACAAGUACCUGCGUGUUUGGACGCAAUACUAUCCUUAACCUUUGGUGUCUACGGAUGACGUAAUCUGUAUCCAUUUUUCUAGAUGUUGAUCUCGAGACUGGAAAAGAAUAAAACCAUGAAAGCAGAGGAGAGGAACGAGAUUAUGAAAACAUUGAAAGAACUGGAUGAGAAGAUUUCUCAGGCUAAAGAUGAACUGAAGACGCUGUCUGCUCCAUCGAAAGUAAAAUCAAAAACAGAGGUAUUUGCAAUAUUCAUACUCUGCGUUUUUUAUAUUUGUGCUAAUCUAUUUGCAAAUUAUGUUGUAAAGUCAUCAGACUUGUAUAGAACAGUAAAUGGAUGAGGUGAGCCCCUAUCGCCACAUUGUAUUGUAUUUCUUGCUUUUUAUGAGAGGUUCAUAGUUGCAUAUUUUAAGUACAAAGUGUAUUGUUCUAGUCUCUUGUACUCUAUCUGUUAUAAAGUCUUUCUGGGUCUUUACAUUUAAAGCAAGAAUCAGUGUGUCUGUCUGAAACCAAUCUCAAAUCAACUGAUUAUGAAAAAUCCAUAAUGGGAAAACAUGUGGCUCCGGGAAUACAACAUAAGAGAAAAAUGUCAAAGCAGUUUCCAUUUUUCUCUCCCUUACACACUUUCUUACCACACUAAGUUAACUAAUCUUUUCUUUAUGGUCAAAGGCACAGAAGGAGCUUUUAGAUGCAGAGAUGGACUUCCACAAGAGACUGACCUCUGGAGAAGAUACAACAGAAUUGAGGAAAAAGCUCAGUCAAUUACAAGUUGAAGUAAGACAGGUUUUUUUGCUGUACUGCUCAUCUCACAACAUUCCAUAGUGAAAUGGUAGUUAAGUCAUGUCAAUUACAGUAGGCACUUGCUGAACACAUAAAUAUAAUAAUAAUAAAGGUAGUGUUUAAAGUGCUCUUUAAUAAUGCUAAGAAAAGUCUGAUGACAAAGCCUUUUUUUUUUCUUUUUCUUUUUUUUGAUUGCAGCAGACAGUAAUAAACACUUGAUUUCUUUUUAAAGGCUGCUCGGUUAGGGAUUCUUCCUGCUGGCCGUGGAGGGAAGACACUAACAACUCAAGGCAGGGGUAGAGGAAGAGGACGUGGUGCACGGGGGAGAGGACAAUUAAAUAAUAUGGUGGUUGAUCAUCGGCCGAAAACAAUAUCCGUGAUUGGCUUUUAUGAAAAAGAGAAAGAGGAGCUGCUCCAGCAUUUUGCUGUAAGUACAAUGCUUUAGUAGGUAAUCAGCAUAGAUACCUCUUCUUUUUUUUUUAUUUUGAAUUAUGAAGCAAUUAAGUGUUGUUGCUUUAUUUGGGAGCACUCAAGCAUUAAAUUCAACAUUGUAAAGUAGUUUUAAGACUGGAAACAUGUGGUUUACCUCCCAUUCUUCAAGUGUAAUUAACAGUGAAAUUUGGCAAAACCUUUUUUUUAGGCAGUGCUGCUACAUUUUAUUGUGGGCGGUUGCAUAAGAUAGAGAUCAAUGGGAUGCAACGACUUCCAGCCACUUGGGGGACCCACUGUAAUAUGUGUCCCGACCUAGGUGUUAAGACCUUUCUAAUAUAACUAUUCAUGGCUGAUUCCAUUAAAUAUACUGUGACGCUCUACGUAGUAAGCCUUUCCCAGCUCAAACUUGUAUCCCUUCUUGUAGUACUUUAACUAGGCAUUUUUGUGAAACAUGUUUUCAGAUUUCUGGUAAGGCAUAUAAUAGUUAUACACGAAAAGGAGAGAGUUCGGCGCUAAUUAACACACAAUUAGUAGAGGUAGGCAGCAACCCAAACGAAGGAAAACCCCUCAGGUCCUACAGUGAAUAAACACAGAUAGAAAAAAAAUAAGUAUAAGGGCUGCGCCAAAGGGAGGAGAGCAGUCCAGUAAAAUAUCGCUAGGAUACCAGUGGAUACUCGGGGAUACUUGAAAGGGUUUUUUGGUGGAGGUAGGUGCGUCUGGUGUUGACCAUUCAGUAUAUGAAAAUACGAGAGGUAGAGGCGACCAAUGGUGUAGUAUGUAAAAUUCAAGGUGCAGUAAAUAACAAAAGUAGAGAACUCACAUUCGGGAGAGCUAUGGCCAGCUCUGGUGUGAAUCGCGUGCCAUAGCUCUCCCGAAUGUGAGUUCUCUACUUUUGUUAUUUACUGCACCUUGAAUUUUACAUACUGCACCAUUGGUGGUCUCUACCUCUCUUGUAUUUUCAUACACUGAACGGUCAACACCAGACGCACCUACCUCCACCAAGAAACCCUAUCAAGUAUCCCCAACUAUCCACUGGUAUCCUUGCGAUAUUUUUCUUGGCUGCUCUCCUCCCUUUGGCGCAGCCCUUAUACUUUUUCUCUAUCCAUAUAAUAGUUCUGUUCGUGCCCCACUGACUUCACAGACAGAUUGGGUAUGUUGUGAUAUAUUCACUAAAACCUGAAGUGAAAUGAAAGCCAAAUCACAAUUUGGAGUGGUAGACUACAGCUAUUUGUGUUGAUAAUAUUGGAUAUAUGCACAUCCUUCAGCCCAUACGGUUUCAUCCUGAGAUUCUGGGUUAGAGUGUGCAUUCAUCCCAUAUUAUAGAGAGAGAAGCAAAUUUAAAUGUCCUUUCAAUUUGAGUUCAUUUGAUUUGCGUAGUAUAGAGCGAAUAUAUAACUUACCUGUUUUCGUUAUUUUAUCUCAAAUUUACCUCAGUGUCCUUGUUAUUCAGUUUUUUGCUUUAUAACUCAGUGUGUCGUACUGUCCUUUGAUCAACAAUCCUGCAUACUGAUAAACACUGCUUAUCUGGAAUUUAAUGAUCGUGUGCCAAUGUAAUCACAUAUCCUUGGAAGAUUAAUGUAUGCAUACCUUGUUUCAGUAAACUAUAUCUACUCUACUGCCGGUAUGUAAUACUUUUUCCCUCUUUCUGUUGUAGAAAUUUGGUGAAGUUGAAGACUUGAAUGAAGAAGAAUUCCCACCAAGUGUAAUUUUAACAUUUAAGACUAGGCAGGAAGCUGAAAAUGUAAGUGUUUUGUGGGGAUGAGGGGGAGACCUUGUCACAAUUUCUACAUAUGUUAUAUGCUAUAAAUACAGGUACACAUCUAAUUUCUUAGUAAAUUAACUCCUUAAGGACCGUGGACGUAUAGGGUACAUCCGACAAAAACCUAUUAUUUAUUACUUGCUAAGCAAAUAUUUUACUUAUCCGAUCGCCGCUAUUCCCCCGCCGGCGAUCAGUGUUGCUCCCAGUCUGGGGGGUAUACCUGACCGUCCCCACUUGGCAAAUUAGACCCCUGCCUGAAAGAGCGGUCACAUGGUCACAAUAGGCGUCCAUAGUGCUGCCUGAACUGACAGUCUCCCUGCUUCUGUUAACUUAAAAAAAAAAAAAAAAGUUAACAAAAAUGGAUAUAUAUUACUAAAUAUAUAUAUCUAUAUCUCUAUAUAUCUCUAUAUACAUAAUUUCAUAAAUAUAGACGUAGACUUCAGAUAUAUAAGUGUGUGUGUGUGUGUGUGUGUGUGUAUAUAUAUAUAUAUAUAUAUAUAUAUAUAUAUAUAUAUUUAAAUUAUACGUGCAAACCAGGCCAAAAGUCCAGAGAAUUUAAUUUACUAGCACUGUAUUUAACCCUGUAACUUUACAUGACACCCUAAAAUCUGUACAUGGGGGGUACUUUUUUACUCGGAAGACAUUGCUGAACACUAAUAUUAGUGUUUCAAAACUGUAAAACAUAUCACAACGAUGAUAUUGUCAGUGAAAGUGAAGUAUUUUGCAUUUUUCACACACAAACUGCACUUUCACCGAUAUUGUUGAUGUGUUUUACUGUUUUGAAACUCUAAUAUUUGUGUUCAGCAAAAUCUCCAGAGUUGAACAGUACCCCCAUGUAUAGCUUUUAUAGGGUUUUUGAAAGUUAAAGGGUCAAAUAUAAGACUUGAUUUUCCAUUUUUUUCACCGUGAAAUUUGCCAGAUUGGUUAUGUUGCCUUUGAGACCGUAUUGUAGCCCAGGAAGGAGAAUUACUCCCAUGAUGGCAUACCAUUUGCAAAAGAAGACAACCCAAGGUAUUGAAAAUGGGGUAUGUUCAGUCUUUUUUAGUAGCCACUUAGGCACAAACACUAUUCAAAGUUAGCGUUCAUAAUUGUUUUUUGCAUUUUUAACACUCAAAUAUAAAUGCUAACUUUGGCCAGUGUUUGUGAUUAAGUGGGUACUAGAAAAGACUGGACAUACCCAAUAUUGAAUACCCUGGGUUGUCUACUUUAAAAAAAAAAAAAAAAAUGUACAUGUGAGGUGUGAUUCAGAGGUUUAUGACUGUUACAAUGUCACUAUUGAUCAAUUUUAAACAUCUAUUUUGAAACGGCAAUGUCCUACUUAUACAUAUAGCCCUUUGACUUACAAAAAAAUAAAAGCUAAGAACAUGUCAACUUUGGGUAUUUCUAAACUCAGGACAAAAUUUAGAAACUAUUUAGCACGGGUGUGUUUUGGCAGUUGUAGAUGCUUAACUGAUUUGGGGGGUCAAAGCUAGGAAAAGUGUUUAAAAUUUUUCAUCAUAUUUUAUAAUUUUUUUUAGUAGAUUAUAUGACAUGAUGAAAAUAAUGGCAUCUUAAGAAAGACCAUAAAAUGUCGAAAAGAACUAUAUAUAAUGUGUGGGUACAAAAAAUGAGUAAGAGAAAAAUUACAGCUAAACAAACUCUGCGGAAAUAUAAAAACAGCCCUGGUCCCUAACGGUCUGGUCAUUAAGGGGUUAAAAAAUCCUUUAGCUCUUUCCCCAAGUUUUGAGACCUAGCAAAGGACUAUCAGCGCUCUCUCUCUCGCGCGCGUUCGCUCUCUCUCGCGCGUUCUUGCUCUCUGUCUCUCUCUGUCUCAUUAUCCCUCUUCUCCAUGAGAUUUUGAAUAAUUGAAAAAAGCACAUGAGGGGGAAAUUAAUUUUUGUAUGCAAAACAGGAUAUGGUCUUGGCUUUUGCUGCUAUAGUAUAGAUAACUAUAAACCUUCGUAGAUGACAUUGAACUUGCUAGAGUCUUGCAUGUUAAGUGUCAUCUAUGUGGAUUUACAGUAUGGAACAUGGCUGUUCCUGAUUUAUACAGAUUUUAUAUGUGAAUUUCAUUGCCAGACAAAAUUCCAUACUUCUUGCUGUAGGAAAAACAGUGUCCCGACAAGGACAUAGUUGUACAAUCACUUAGAGUUUAAUUUAAACAAAAUUGAGAGUUGGUUAAAAUGGCAGCACAUUAGUUCAUAGUCUGCUUUAGCGUGGCAGUCGAGUGUUUUUGCAAAUAUAGAGCUAAAAAGUUAUUUCUGAAGGUUUUUUUUGUUUUGUUUUUUUUGUCUUCUAUAGCUUUUCUGAUGGUUUGUACAGACUACAAGUAAUAGGUCCCCAGAUAAUUGGCAUCCUGCAAAUCCUUUGUUUGUGCUCAAAUUGGUCAUUAGGGGCAGUGUAGCAGAGCUCACUUUCUAUUCCCAGCAAAAUUUAGGCUUGGCUAGUAGCAUAGGACUUUGAAUAUUGAGCCCUGUUUAGGAUAUUUGUCAACUCCUAUUUCUAUAAACCUUUAACAAAACAAUCUUGAUUUACCGCUGUAAUGAAUGCUUAUUUAUCAGACUGAUACCUCAUUUUUAAAGAAAGGGGAAAGAAAACCUACAGAAAUCAGAUGAUAUCAAUUUGACGGCAUCAUUAGUCCUGCGAUGGCUAAUGCUAUAAAAGGCCACAUUAGAUGUAAUUGUAAUGAUCAUUGUUACUAAAUGCCUAUACCUCUUAUGUUGUUUAGUUUUAAUUUCGUUCCAGCUUAAAUAAAAGGGAUCAGAUAAUGUGUUUAGCAUUAUGCAUAUGUGUUCAUGUAUUAUGUUAUAUAAAUAUAUCUGGAAUAUAUGUUAUAUAAAUAUAAUAUUGAAAGCAAUGUUUUAAUGUGUACUUUUUUUAAAUUAGGCUGCUAACCAAGGGUCAAAAUUUAAGGGCAGAAAGCUUCAGGUAUCCUGGCAUAAACCUAAGACGCCCUCUGUAACCACAGAGAUUGAAGAGGUAGAAUCCAAGGAAGAGGUAAGUGGGUGCUCCUAAAUUUAAUGCUAGGUGCUUGUUGCUCUUUUGUACUUUAGAAUAUUCCAGUGUUGUGCUGUUACAUAGUUAUUCAUGUUAGUUGACGUAAAUCAUUUUUAUGUAUAUACACAGGGUAUAUAUGUCUUGUUUUAAUUGAGAUACUAAGUUUGAUGAGUAACCGCUUUUCCACUUGGAUUUCUUUGAGGUUGAGAUAGGUGGGCAAGUUGUCUGGCCUGCAUGUCAAAUAUCACCCCACCAUUCUGUGGUGAGACGUGCAAGGUUAUUCACUAAACAAAGCGCAUAAUACUGGAGGACAGGCCAGAUGUCACUUUAGAGCAAGCAUGUCAAACUCAAAGGCAAGCACGGGCCACAUACAAGGUUUAAGUUUAUGUGGGCCGAAAAAGGAAAAACAUUUUCAUAGAAACGUAGGUUUGUUUUGAAAAGUACAGUAUAUAUAUAAAAAUUAAAAAAAAGCAUCCCAGUCGAAACUAAACCCCGGCCCUUGAUUUACAUUUAAAAAAAAAAUACAAUAUUAGCCAACAAGCAGGCUCCACUUACAUUGUCGCUGCCAGUAUGCGACUCUGGAGUCCAACCUCUGGUAUACCCGCCGUCUGCAGCCUGUGCCAAAGCAGAUUCUCCCACUACUCCUUGAAACCCUGUUAAGAUGGAGCACAGGUCCUCCACUGUCCAGCCGCAGCCAUCGCACUGACCCACACACACUCUCUCGCUGAGCCAGACACAUAUCCACAUUAUUGCACACACUAACAUUUUAUUUAUUGCUCCCUACCUUUGGGAGCUGGUGUGAAUCCUGUUCCUGGGGUCCAGUGGGGAUCUUCUCUGAGGAGCUCAGUCUUCCUGCUCCUCAAUGCUCUCUCGCGCACGCAGUUUAGUGGUGCCGGAAUGAUGUCCUAUUCCGGCAUCACUACAGAGGGCGCGUGUGAGGAGCAGGAAGACUGAGCUCCCUCGCUACCGCCAGGGACCUCUACUCCCAGGGCUGGUAAAUUUCUCUUUUAAGAAGAGCAGGUGCCUACUCUGCUUUAGUACGCAUGUGUCAAACUCGUGGCUCGCUGGGCCACAAAGAUAUUCAUUGUGGACCGCGAGUUUGACAUGCUUGCUUUAGUGCAAUAUAAGACCACAGUCCUCAACUGCAAGCCAUUGGCUUCUGUCAGUGAUUCAAAUCCCUUGUCCAUCCUGCUUUGCUCUAAACUGACAUCUGUUUUCUCCUGCUGGAGAAAAUCGUAUGUAGUGCAGGCACCCAGGUUAGUUGUCAAGCCAUGCUAAAGUAGUUUCUUAACUUACUGUAGCACUGCUCAUGGGCACUCUUGGUACAAUGACCAUUACAGUGGACUAAAGUUAUGAAUCUUAGAGUAUUUCUUUAAAAUAUUAAAUUCCAUUCUAAAUUAUCUAGAAUUCAAAGUGUAGUGGAACCAUGGCUAACACAAUCAUUUUUGCAAGACUUACUGCAUGCACCUUUAAAGGGACUCUCCAGUGCCAGGAAAACUAAUUUUCCUGGCACUGCAGAAUUCUGCAGUGCCCCCACCCCUCAUCUGACGUUGCUGAAAGGGUUAAUACCCUUUCAGUGACUUACCUGAAUCCAGCGUUUGUCUCUCUGCGCUAGGUCAGUCUCCACCCACGCUCCUCCUGGCAGGGGAGACCUAAUGCGCAUUUAUAAAAACUGCAAAAAUUACACUUGCAGAGUUAAGGGUGGUGGGAGUUAGCAUCCAGACUACUCCAAUGGGCAGAAGUGGUCUGGGUGCCUGAAGUGUCCCUUUAAAGUUAAGAUGGUUGGUGUUUUGUUAAGUGUGCCACAAAUCUGCAUAUACUAAAUGGCUGAUCUUUACAUAUUGAACUGUCUUUUAAGGAGAAUGAUACAUCUGACCCAUUCCUUCAUGAAGAUGAUGAUGAGGAUGAGGAUGAAGACGGGUCUCGCUAUUGGAGAAGAUGAGACAACAUAAAUGUGCACAUACAAAUUCAGUUUUUCUUUUAAAGAUUGUCAACAAGAUCAUUUUACCAUUCUAAAUGGAAACAAAAAAAAAACAGAAUAAUCCCCAAACAGCCAAAAAUGUAUUAUUUUUUUCCUCCUCUUUUGCACAAUUAAUGGCACAAUUGUGUAAACUAUGUAGAAUGUGACAUUUUCUGUGAAAGCCAAAGGCAAGAUUUUUUUUUUUUUCUUUUCUUAAAUCUGACAAGGUAUGAGCUACAAUGUCUUUAAAAUGGGCAUUUUUGGUUUAUAUUAUUUUAUAAGCUUUAAAGUUGAAGCAGAAAACAUGUAACUGAAGAGUGUUUAAAACGCAACAGUUAGGCGCUGUUUUGCAGUUUACGUCUUGUUUCAUUUUUCAAUUUAUCAAAAAUAAUUCUUGAACUUCCAAGUUAAUGCAGGUUUGUUUUUUCUGGUUUUCCAUUUCCCACAUAAUUAAGAUUGUUUUGUUUUGUUUUUUUUAUGCACUCUAUAUAGUUUUAGCCUUCUUGGAGUCUGUUUUAAUUUUUUUUUUUUUGCUUCAUAGUGUAACAGGCAUUUCUAAUGAUCCUCAUUGAAUCAUUGCUUACUUUGAAUGAGUAUCAUCACCCUUGUUCUGAGUACUUAAAGGUUUUAGAGUAAAGUGGGUCAGACCUGAAAAUGUUACACCCAGUCCUAAAGUAUUUAGCAUGAAAAGAGGUCAUUUGCCAAUUGCAUAAUAAAACAUUCGCAAAACUAAUUGUUUCCCUAGUGGUACAACCUAUCCUCGGCUAAUCCAUUCUUAGCAAAGCCCUGUAAUUUAUUUUUGAGGAUUACUUAGAUUGCAAUUACCCUCUGGCCUACACACACACAGUUCUAUGACUCUGUGUAUCUCAGAUAUAAUAAUCAGAAAAUAUCACUAAAUAUUACUUGACUCAAUUUGUUUCAUUAAGAAGGAAACAUUUUGGAAGGAUAGGCUCUCUGUUUUGAAACAUGCGCAGUACACUGUGAUGCUUCCCUUGCCAUAGAUCAUUUAUUGUGGGAAAUAAUGAACACAGAAAUGUUAUCUGUGAAAAUUGCAAAAAUUCCAGUUUUAAAUCUUUUCUAUUGCUGCCACAGGCAACAUAUUUUCAUGUAUGUUUGGCAAUCCAUUUUUCAUGUUUAGUUUUGCACUCCUGUAGGUUCUUGUUGAUAGUGAAAAUAUUAGUAAGAAAUUUGAAGAACUGGUUAAACUUGUCAGAUGCACAUUCACACGAGUGCUGUGUUGGUGUCCAGCUCCAACUUGUCUGUGAUGAGCACAAUAAAAUUUUCGUUCGUACUAAGUUCAAAAUGAUAUGCUUAAAAGUCUUGAUAAAGCUAGAUACAUAAAUCUAAGCAGACCCAAUGGGGCACUGUUAAGUGACCUUAGAAAAACAAUUCUUUACUUAUAAACCAAAAAAAAUCUGGAUUGGAGUUUUCCGAUUUAAUACCUAAAAAACAAAAAAAAACUGCUGGCUUAUAGGAGUCUCGUGAGCAGUUUUUUUUUUUUCUUCUUCCCAAUUUGCUCAUGGUUGCCAUCUUCUUUAAAUGCACUUUUCUGCAGCAGGGGGCUUGAUAAAUUAGUUUUGGGCUUAUCAAUCAUUACCUUUACUGUGUAACACGUAUUUUAUUUUAAUUUUU